AUGCUGCCCACCCUGCGGGCGGCGCGCUUGGCAGGCGGCCGGACAUCCGCGCCCGCCCAGAGGAUUUUCCGCGCGGGCGGCCGUUCGCGCGCGCAGCGCCAACGCCGCUAGUCGCGCAAGAGGCGUCCGGCGCGGGAUCCCUCGCCCUCGGCGCCUCCCGCAGCGCGGCUCGGAGGGGCUUCCUCGCCGCCGCCGCCGCUUUCCCGCGUUCGGCGAAAGGCUGCCGCCCGCCCCGCCCCGCCCCGCCUCUUCCAUGAGCAGAGCGGGAGCAGCUGCGGCGGCGGCGGCGGCCGAGGCGGCGGCCCCAGAGCCUCGCUUCUCUUCCCCGCCGGGUUUAUGAAUGGCCUGGCCAUGGAGGACCUGCCGUUUCAAAAAGCCAGGAAGGCGAGCAAGAAGAAGUGCCUCCGCCGCUGCGGCUCCUGCUGCUGCUGCUGCCGCCGCCGCUGCUCCGCAGCCUCCUCUCCUCCCGGGCCGGCGCCAGCGGCGGCGGGCGGCCAGAGCGGCGGCGGCGCCCGGGAGCGGCGGCCGUCGGAGGGGCUCCGGCGGCGGCGGCGGCGGCGCUGCUGGACGGCGCGUCGGCGUGCGAGGACCAGUUCGCUUGCAAGGAGCUGGAGUCGCUCUUCCAGAACUACAACCUGAAGCUGGAGCAGACCUCGACGCUGAAGGCGCUGGCCGUGCUCAUCGCGCUGACGGGCAGCCUGGCGCUGCUGGAGCUGCUGUCGGCGCCCGGACUCACCAUCUCGAAGGGCUCGCACCCGGUGCACUGCAUCAUCUUCCUCUCGCUCUUCAUCGUCACCAACGUCAAGUACUUGCAGGUCACGCAGCUGCAGCAGAUCGUCAAGCUCACCUUGCUCUUCAGCUUCACCUUCGCCUUCCUCUGCUGCCCCUUCUCGCUGGGCGCGCACGGCGCCGAGCCGCCCAGCGCCCCCGAGCAGGGCAUGUGGCAGCUGCUGCUGGUCACCUUCAUAUCGUACGCGCUGCUGCCUGUCCGCACCCUCCUGGCCAUCGUCUUCGGCGUCGUCGUGGCCGCCUCGCACCUCAUCGUCGCCCUCACUUCGGCCAGCGCCAAGAGGCAGUCUCUCUGGAGGACGGUGAGUGCGCCCGGCGGGCGGGCGGGCGGGGACCGAGGACCGGCGGGGCCCGGCCGGGCUGCGCUCCGUCGCAAGGGCCGCCCCGAAUGCUCGGAGUCCCUCGGGCUCCCGAGGAAGUUCCGUUCAGGCCCAGCGCUGGAAAAGGGAACCGACGGCCCUGCAGGAUAGAGCCGGGGCUGGCAUGAGAUGGCGCGCUGCCCGGGGUGUCGGGGAUGCUGCUCGCUCGAAGAUGCCCAGGGGGUCUGCAAACUGGGCUGGGGUGUUUUCUGCCUAUAGCUGAUACAGUGGGAAAUGGGUGCGCUGAAGUAAGUGGGUGGGUGAAGGAGAAAGAGAAUGAAUGUCUGGCAGCACAUGGCUGCUUUUGUGGAAGGACAGGGUGCUUGAAAUGUGUGUGGAUUACGAUUACGUUAUUAAGUGUUUGUUGUUUGUGGAACUGCUGAAAACGGCUUAUCUGUGCCCAGAUAAUGUGCAGAGAGAGGAGGAUACUGUAUAUUGAUCCACCCCGCAUAUAUCGCCAAGUUUUUAACGAGAUAGCAGAGUGAUACCCGUAGGAUAAAUGGGAUAAACACGGACAGCGAAAGGCUGACAGCGAAUGAGGUUGGACAGGGGUGGAAAGGUUCUUUUCUGUGAAGUGAAGGAAAUCGUGUAGAAGAUAUUUUGAUGGAGCCCCUUUUCUUCCCAUCUCUAAUUCCAUAGGCAAGCGGAUGUUUUCGGAAACCCUCUCAUUCAGCCCCCCUGCUUCCCCAUAGCAGCUGCUUGUGCCCCCCUCUCUCCGCCGCCCCUCACAGGCUCCCUCUCUCCCCCAUUAAUCCUGUGGCAGAGCUGCAUCUUCAGGAAUGUGCUGUUGCAAAGCCCCCCCCCCCCGUCGCUAUUUAUGGCUCUGCAGGGUUUCCUCAGGUGUCCACAGCCUAAGGGACUUGAGCUGGAAAGGAGAGAAGAGAGCAGGCGAGGUUUAAAGAUUUGAGACACCCCCCCCUUCUGAAUCUUCACUGGUGGGAAGAGAGGGGAGGCAGGUGGGAGAUGGUUUGCUUGUCUGUUGUUUUGGCAGUUCACAGAUGAGUAGCUGUUGGCUUGGGUGAAUCUAAUUUUGAGAAUAAUAAUAUAGGUGAAAACAAAACAGCCUUUUUCUUCCAUGGUGCUUUCUGAUUCUGUUUUCUCUGGCUGACUAAGACUGUCAUGACACACAAACAUAACCCACAGUGAAAGAGGUGAAGUUAUACUGGCUGGUUAUUGUGGUUGAAUCUUUCUGAAUUUCGGACACAUGCUCACGGAUCACAUAUAUGUGCUCACACCAAAUACAUAAGGAGACGCAUGUAGCCAGCUUACAAGAUUACUCCUGGCUCACUGCUACUGAGCUGGUGGACCAAAUAAAUUGUGUGUUUGGAGGGAGGGAGGGAAGCAUGGAGGGAGGGAUAAGCUGAGCUUUAUGAUUUACCCAGAUUAUCUGGUAGUCUAUUUUUAAGUGCACGACUGAGAGGUUCAGAGAAAAAAGGAAAAUAUGUGAACAGUUGAACUUCAAAGAAUAGAUUUCUGUGAAAGCAUCAUCAUCUGUGCCAAAGCAUGUGCCAGCAGCCCAUUUUCAGUUAAGUUAUACAAUAAAAUUUACAUAUUUAUGAAAUCCCACAACAUUUUGUGCCCAAAGGGAGUCCAAGCAAUAUAUGCUUUUCAAGUCAUGUGGGUGGAGAUGGAGGAAUCUGUGUUCUCUUGGUUUCUUCUGAUAUUCUUAUAUAUAUAUUUAUUUAUACCCUACAUUUUUCAUUGAAAGGGGCCCAAGGCAGCUUACAUAUAAAAUUGGAACAGCUAAAAACAUUGGGGGGGGGGUUAAGGAGAACAAUAAUUUUGUAAAAAAUAAGCAUUUAUAGAAUAAAUGCUAUAUAUAAAAAUAGAAUAUCUUUUUAAAACAUGCAGACAAUUACCAUAAAAACAGCACAGCAGCCAGCCUUUCAUUAAAAGCUGUCAGUUCUCAAAAGCUUGUUAGAAUAAGAACAGGCAGGAGUUCACAUGCUGGUUGCUGAUUUUUCCAAUCUUAAAUUCAUUUCUGAGCCUCAUGAAAAUUUGCCAGCAUUUUAGUGUGCAUUUCUCAUAAUAAACACAUUUUUGAAUAUUGUUUUGUCAAAUCUACGUUUUUGCCUGCCGUUGUCUCCUAAUAUAAAUGUCAACGGAUGGCUGUGUUUUGAUUGCCUGUUGUUUCCAAAAUGUCAGUUGGAUGGGUUCCUCUUUAAAUGUGAGCUGCUUCAGAUUUCUCCUCCACACCUAGGUGUGAGUGCACAGCCUUGAAUUGCAUCUGCUCUCUUUAAAAAAAAUGAACAAAGCAGCAAAAUUUCUCUACCGUUUCCUGUGGAUAUAUAUAUUAUCUUGCUUAAAAGUUUUCUAACUCUCUUGUCUGCAUGGUUGUCUUCUGUUCAGCUUAUUCAGGAGAUAAAUGGAACUCCCUAGUAAGUGUUUAGGCUUCAAACUAUCAAACUUACUUGGAAGUAAAUCCUAUUUAGAUCAAUGUAACUUACUUCUAAGGGACGCGGGUGGCGCUGUGGGUUAAACCACAGAGCCUAGGACUUGCCGAUCAGAAGGUCGGCGGUUCGAAUCCCCGCGGCGGGGUGAGCGCCCAUUGCUCGGUCCCUGCUCCUGCCAAGCUAGCAGUUCGAAAGCACGUCAAAGUGCAAGUAGAUAAAUAGGGACCGCUCCGGCGGGAAGGUAAACGGUGUUUCCGUGCGCUGCUCUGGUUUGCCAGAAGCGGCUUAGUUAUGCUGGCCACAUGACCAGGAAGCUGUACGCCGGCUCCCUCGGCCAAUAAAGUGAGAUGAGCACCGCAACCCCAGAGUUGGCCACGACUGGACCUAAUGGUCAGGGGUCCCUUUACCUUUACCUUUACCUUUACCUUACUUCUGAGUAUACAUAUUUUGCAUUGAGGCUAAAAGUUACUACUGGAAACUAGUGUUUCCUAUAAUGUUUUGAAAGCAAGAUGUAAACAUUUUUAUGAAUUACUCAAGGUAUAAAUAUUGCACUUACUCACAUUAUGAAAGGGAGAGGGUUUCUGGAAUGGUAAUUUCCUCUGAAAACAUUAGACAGGAAACAAUUGGCACAAACCAAUUGAAGGUAGCUGACUGGGUGACUUGAAAUAAGGAGUCUUCCACAUGUACUAUAUAGAAAAGCAAAAAUUAUUCAUGUUUGAGUUAAUCAAAAGCAAGGUCAUCUAUGUCAGGUUGGUAUCAUGGAACCAUUUCAUCAGUCCUAACUGUCUUCCCAUUCUGUUUUCAGUUACCUCUGUUGUUAUAUGGGGGACUGCACUCUUGUGUACCAGCUCAGUAACUGAAGUCAUCAUUUCCUGACCAAGAAAAUAACCCAUUUUAAGUGAGAAUUACAAAACAGAAUAUAACUUUGAAGAAUUGCUUUAAAGGAACAAAAUAGCUUAUUUUGCUUCCUGACAUGUGAUCCGAAAGCCCAGAGAGGCAUCUAAAAGGAAGUUUUAAUGGGUCUAUGUCCCAUUUAGCAUCCAAAACAGGGCAAGGUUAUCCAAAUAUAAUCCCUGAUUAAAUAAAGAGCUGUAUGAGUUAAAUGUAUUUUGGUGUAGCUUUCGUGAUUUUGAGGUUUCCCUUGACCUGGAAGACAUAGGGCAUGAGCAUGUAGAUAGAGAAUCCUCCUGUAUCUGGCCUUCUUUGAGGUUCUGUGUAAAGUGAGAGUGGCAUCUCUGCUGGUGAGGUGGGUCCCUUGAUGCUCUUACAGCACUGGCAAAUGCCUGGCAUUGCUUAACACUGGAGCCGACACUGUUUGCAAUGAUAAUUUACAUUGUUAUAAAGAACCUGUACAUACAACCUGGAAACAUGCGGAUCAGUCAGCAGAUAUCCAUGCCCUAAUAGCAUUUACUUGGGUCACUGAUUGCAUUAAAUGUGGCUUUGAAGGGAAUUUAGAUAUUUAUAGAGACAAACUUUAGAGCAAACCAACAGGAUGGCGGGUAAAUAUCAAUCAAAGAUGUGGCUGGAGGGCAAAGCAGUAGGCAGGGGUAUUUUGUGUCAUUGAGAGAUUCUCUUGGCAGUUGUGAGAUCAGGAGAGAUGGGUGACUGCACUGUGGGGAAAGACUGUUCUGUAUUAAAGAAACAGCUUUUGAAUUCUUUAAAGAUUCUCUCUACCAUAGAAGAUCAAAUUUCUAGAUGAAUAGCAUUCCAGAAACUUAAAUCAGGAAUGUAGCAAAAUGUAGGUGUCUGCCAUAUCACAUUGAACAGAUAUAUGUAUUUUUUGAUAUGACAUUGUACAGUAAUAGUCAAUUCUUUUUUAUUUGACUGUAUAUCCAACUCUGCUUCUGUUGCUUGCUUUUUGUUGACAGCACUAAAUAAAAAAUAUACGGUGCCUGUCACAAGAUGAAAAUAUGAUAACCUAUUAAGUGAUUGAGGUGGCAGCUUUUAGAGCCUGUUAAAAUUAAAGGAAAUGUUGAUUUGCAUUGUUUCCUAGUUAACACACUCUCAGCAAGAAUAAUCUAUAAUGGAAUACAUUUUGUGUUGUCACAUGAUUAGCAUUUCCCCCAACUGUGUUACAAGAAGAGUUCAAUUGCAGGCUGAGACCAUGGUUCAGGAUGUCAAUGGCAAAAUGUUGUUGAAGGCAUUGCUUCAGGUAGCUGACAAGAAUUUAAAUCUAAUGCUAUAAUCACAUAUAUGGUUUUGAAUUGGUACUCCAAUUUGCAUCCAGUAUAAUAGGUGACUAUAUAAUCACUCAAUCUCUCACACCUAUCAGCACAACACCACAAGGCUUUUAUUUUGUUAUUUUCAUAUGUCUUUCAUGCUGUGCAAAAAUGUGUGGCUAUCCUUUACUCCUCUGAGCAUGAGUGGGAUGACUGUUAAGUUUUUGUUGUUGCCCAUGAAAGAAUGAAAUCUUGUUCUAAUGAAUGAAAUCCCAACUACUGCUGAGUUUUCCAAAUUCACUUUUGCUUUCCCCCAAAAAUGUCACUGAUUGCUUAUUUAUGUUUAGAAUCCUUUUCAAAAUAUCUGUUAAUUUUCAUUCAGCUGCUUGAACUGUAUAGUUAUUCAGUGAUGAUGGCUAUUUCCUGACUUGUGAUUUGAUUUCCUCCUCAGUGGCAGCUUGACUCUGUAUAGGGCUUUGGAAUAUAUGAGUUAGCAGUUCUGCCCUGUGGCUGAAAUAAUUUUCUUUCUGAAAAGAAUUGCAGAAUUGAAGGGAAUCUGUGGAUCAUGUAGUUCACAUUGGUAAUUAAACUGGUCAAAAACACUUGAUUUUUUGACCUGGCAGUAGUCAGAUGUUGGCACGUAAUUAUUCCUGUUAGUUUAGAAGAACUGUAUUUUUUUUACUUUUUUAAGAUUUAAGCUUAAUUUAGUUAACUAUUAUGAGACAAUGAUAUGAAAUUUUACACUAUUGUGAUCAACUAUUUCAGUCUUAAAGUGUUAUGUGAAUAUAAAUAUAUAUUAAUAAUAUUCAAGACACUGAACAGUUAGUCUAGGCUUUUAUUCUUGAGUCCUUUGGAUAGUUCACACCACUAUGAUUUUUUUUAUACAAAAAGAAAUUUAACCACUAACGCACACAUAGCACAUUUAAUAGAAGGGAAAAAAAAAAGGUUUUGUGUCCUUCCAGACAACAGCAAACCAGGAGAGAAGAAACAUUUACUAGAGUUUGACAAUAUGAGGCAGUAAAAAAAAAAAAAAAAUACCUACACAUGGGCAUUCUUGGCUUCAAGGCAUAUUUGACAAGUCCACUCACUUUUUUCAGUGGGUGGUGUUGCAGCCAGGCAUCUGGCCCCCUGCAGUGAUCCGGCAUGGGGGUGGGGAGUUGACGCCGCCCCCGUGCCAUCCCUGUCCAUCACCGGUGCUGGGCGGUACCAUGCCCAGUGUGGCCCCGCUGGCCAAUCAGCACUGGUAGGGGGAGUGGCCACAGGAAAUUUAACUGUGGUGCUGCCGGGGCCCCCUCCUCUCACCCUUUUGCUGGAUCUCCCAAUCCACUUGGUCUUUCUUCAUGCUUUGCUCUGACACGACCUUGCUGUGGACAAAUUUCAGCGGCCAAAUUGUUGGGACCAGGUCGGAAUUUUUUCCACUUGGCAAAUUGGCGCCAACCAUUUGGUUUUCACCUACCUGGUAGCAAUCAUCACAUAUUUGUGUGGUUAGACAUUGGGUAAUCCUUUGUUUGGUUGGAGCAAAGUUGUAGCCUGCAUCUACCCCUCCUCAGUAAGGGUAUCCUGUUAAAGGGAUCUGGGGGUGUGCAUCCUGUCUGAUGCCCGGACGUGAGCUAGGGCCAUGCCAUGACCCCAACGGGGAUCCCUCGGGCUGCCCCUAUUUGAUGUAAGCCAUAAGGCCCACCCUAUUGGUGGUUUAACCUUAAAUUCACUCCCUGCAGAUGGGUGGGAGUCGUGAUGUAGCCUAACCCAUUGCCUAAACCAAACCGCUCACAUCUGUAACCAAUAAAGUUGUGGCCUAUUUGAACCCAUAAACCUACAUACUUGUGUCCAUGUGUUUAUUAAUCACUAGGUAAGAGUGGGUCAUGGGGCCUUGGCACACAAUAUUUGAGUGCAAUCAAAUGCUAGACAGAUUAACAAUAUUUUCCUGCCAGGUAAAUGGACUAGUGUACUGAAAGUAUUCCCCAUACCUAAUCUAUAUGUCUACCAUAACAUGUAUACCAAUUCUGAAAGGAGUAUAGCCUGUUUUUUCUAUUUAGGAUCGUAUUGCAUUCUGAUGUUGAGCUUGUAGUCCUAAACAGGUGAAGUGGUGUCUGAAUUUGUAGGAUAUGGAAGUUUCACCUUUAAUAGACAUGAAAUCUGCUUUCAGUAGAGAAGUGACAUACAGCAUAUGUAACAGUGGAGGAUGCAAGACCUGUCUAGGAUUCUAAGAUAGCAUUUGAUCUGAUCAAUUCAUGUUAAAAUCUAAUUUAAUCCAUUUUGUUUCACAUGACUUGGGUGUGAUAUUUAAAAUUACAGAAAUCUGUACUUGCUUUAAUGUAAGUUUUCCACAUCUUGCAAAUGUCUGUGUAGGACAUCUGUGCUUUAUCAGCUACAUUAAUCAACUCAUAUGUGUCCUGCUUUUAGAAACAGAGCAAGUUUUGCUCAAGAAUGUUUGUUUUUACUCAUGCUAUUAAUAUUUUUUUUAAUUGUAUGUAUUUUAUUUAUUUAAAUAUUUCGAAACCCCACUUUCAUAUAAAAUAUUGCAAGGUGGAAUGCAGCCUUAAAACACAAUACAACAACAAAAAUCAAUAGGAACAUCAAAUACAUCAGUAAAAGCUGGAUGGCAAAGAAUCUGAAGUUCGAAAGGCCUGUCUGAACAAUACAGUUUUCAGAUGAUGAAGGGAUGACUCCUGCUAAACCUCUAUUAGGGAGUCAGAUUGGACCCAGAUUGUUUUGGACCCUGUGAAUUAGCACGAAAACCUUGAACCUGGCCCAGUAGCAAAUUUGUAACUAGUGAUGCUCUAUCAGCAGUGGAGCAUCAUAACAUAAUCGUAUCAGAUACAUUAUUACUCCUUUUACAAUGGCUCCAGUAAUGUACAUUUCCCCCCAAGUUUUUUAAUCAGUACCUAACAAGCCUGUUCCAUUUUUCAAAAAAAUGUUUUUCAAAAAACUGCUUCUCUAACCUUCACCAUAUUGGUGAAUUUCACAACAAUGGGGUUAUUAGUUUCCCAGUUUGCACAGAUUGUUAUCCAUAUCAUUACUAAAAGGUUAUUUUAUCAUGUUUGUGUCUUUUGUUAGGCUUAGGUCACCAAAAUUAUAUAAUUGGUUAAUCUAAUUGCAAUUUGUAUCCCUUUAUUAUUUUAAUUUCAUUUAAUAUAGUUGCCCAAAAUUUUUAGGACAAGUUGAAUCAUGUAAUUUUCUGAUUAAUAAUAUGUUAGUUUUAUCAACCAAGCUAUGGUUUUUUUUGUUUUUUUGUUUUUAAAUUAUGGUAGAUUUAAUAAAAAGAGAACCUAUGACAAGUUCUUCAAAUGUGCAAGUAACCCAGCCUUCUCUCAGGUUUUCACACAUACAGGAACGAAGUUCGAUUCAAUAUUAUGUGUCAGCCUUGCCCUUGUCCUCAUUCUUCAGAUGGGCCAUUAAUCUUUUAAUGAUUAUUAGUGUAUGUGUAUUCCUUUAUCUGUUCAUUUGCCACUUUAUUAUUAUUUUCAAUUAAACACAAAACUAUUCUAGGGAUUAGGAGAAAUUUUCCUAGGUAAGAGUGUAUUGGUGCUAUCCACAAAUUGUUUCCGCUAAAGAGUUGCAGAACACAUUGCCUUAAGAGCUUGACCAUGAAGAAAUAAAGGUCUGGAUUAAAUAGAUCAGCAAUCUUUAUUUUAGUCAGAUUUCAGGUUUUUGUUGUUGCAGCUGGAGCUAUUACAACUAGAAAAUGAACUCUAUAUUUUGAAAAGUGAUUUGUCUGUUUCUUCUCUACGUAUUGGGAUGCUUUUUGAGAUAUAAUCACCAACUAGUCUAUAGUUAUUACACUCCAUUGGAUACAGAGUGGGCUUUUAAAGAAGUGGAUACAUCAUAGCCUCUUUCAGAUCAGAGCUUGCAGGGCAGCAGCUGAAGGAGGAGCAAAAGGGUUUUCUUGUGUGUGUGUUUUUUGUGGCUGAUUAGCUGCUCUCCCUGUGCAAAGGUCAGAGGGGGCAGGGUUUCUGUUGAGUCAGGUGAUUACCUGUGGGAGGAGCUUAUCAGAGCUUGCAGGGCAGCGGCGCGCACAGUUUGAUCCAUCUUUUAGAUUUAGGGGAGCUAGUCUCAAACGUUUGUUGGGGGAGACCUAGGUUUUUUUUUGGGGGGGGGUUAUUUGUCCUGUCUUCAUGCUUUUUAAGAUGGAGGACCACUGUAGCCACCCCCAACAACACGUUCUCAAGAUGGAGGGGGAGGGAACAGCUGCAGUCGCCUGCGGUUCCUGCGCAAUGUUUGCCAUCUUGCCAAAGGUUGCAGGCAGCUUUACCUGCAGCAAUUGUAUGUUGAUUGCCCUCUUAGAAGACAAGGUCCAGCAACUGGAGGAACAUGUAGCUACGCUCCAAAGAAUUAGAGAGCUGGAGCUCUUCUUGGAAGCAACAGAGAACACCGUCUUCACCAAGGAGGAGAUGGGGACACCCCUGAGAAGGAGGCUAGUUCACCAACACAGGUGCCAGAUAUAUGGAGAAACAUGACUCAAAGAAGUAGGAGGCCCAGGGUUCGCUCUGAUUGUUUAGAAAUACACAAUCGCUUUGAAGUCCUCUCCCCUAACAUGGAAGACGAAGAACAGACUCCAUUUGAGGAUCUCUCCCUCAUUACAGUCGAUCAGGUAUAUGAAGACAACCAGCAAAGUCAGUCCUCAGGGAAUGUGCAGGCGACCUUGGAACGGACAGCUCACGGAAGAACCCCGACCAAACCUAAGAGCAGGCGUGUAGUGGUGAUAGGGGAUUCCCUACUGAGGGGAACAAAAGCAGUGAUCUGUGGGCCUGACAAGAUGUCUCGGGAGGUGUGCUGUCUCCCUGGGGCUAAGAUCCAAGAUGUAACUGAACGACUGCAAGGAAUCAUAAAACCCACUGACAAAUACCCUUUCCUCUUGGUUCAUGUGGGAACCAAUGACACUGCAAGCAAUAGCCUCCAGAAGAUCAAAAGAGACUACGAGGCUCUGGACAGGAAAUUGAAGCAAUUAAACGCACAUAUUGUCAUCUCAUCUGUCCUCCCGGUUGAACGAUGUGGCCCAGGGAGAGAGGAAAAAAUAGUGGAAGUGAACAGCUGGCUUCGCAAAUGGUGUAAACAGGAACGGUUUGGAUUCUAAGAUCACAGACUGCAGUUUCUUGAAGAUGGACUUCUGGCAAGCGAUGGGCUGCACCUCACAACGGUUGGGAGGAAUGUUUUUGCCAAAAAUCUCAGAAACCUCAUCAGGAGGGCUUUAAACUGACUAAUAUGGGGGAGGGAGACAGUGCUCCUGAAGGUAGGAGUCUAUCAUUGAUGAAGAUGAUCAUCCAAAUGUCAUAGACCAAAUGGAGCAAACAGCAUGCAGACCUAGUGGUGGGAGGAAAAAAUCCUUAAAUAAGAGACACGGGGGAAUGAUUAAUGGACUUCAAUGUCUGUACACUAAUGCGCAAAGCAUGGGAAAUAAACAAGAUGAGCUUGAGCUCUUGGUACAGCAAACUAAAUAUGACAUAAUAGGCAUCACUGAAACCUGGUGGGAUAAGUCCCACGAUUGGAAUGUAAUAAUGGAGGGAUACAAUCUAUUUCAGAGAAACAGACCAGACAUGAAAGGAGGAGGAGUGGCGUUAUAUGUCAGGGAUGUGUAUACUUGUGAAGAGAUCCAAGAUUCAGAACCUCAAAGCCAAAGUGAGAGCAUUUGGGUCAAAAUUAAGGGAGAGAAGAAUAACAGAGACCUCAUUGUGGGAGUUUACUAUAGAUCCCCAAGCCAAACGGAGGACAUAGAUGAUGCCUUCCUGGAAGAGAUGGCCAAGCAUGCAAAAGGAAGGGAGAUAGUAGUAAUGGGGGACUUCAAUUACCCGGAUAUUUGUUGGAUGUCAAACUCAGCCAAGAGCAUAAGGUCAAACAGAUUCCUCACUGGCCUUGCAGACAACUUCAUUGUCCAGAAAGUGGGAGAAGCAACAAGAGGAACAGCCAUUUUAGAUCUGGUCCUAACCAAUGUUGAUGACCUGGUUAGUGGGGUAGAAGUGGAAGGAUCUUUAGGCGCGAGUGAUCAUGCUCUUCUGAAGUUUACUAUACAGCGGAAAGGAGCAGCCAAGCAUACUAGGACUCAAUUUCUUGACUUUAAGAAAGCCGACUUCAUAAAACUUAGGGAAGUGCUGGGUGAGAUCCCAUGGACAGUAAUACUAAAAGGAAAGGGAGUUCAUGAUGGCUGGGAGUUUGUUAAGAGGGGAUAGUACAAGCACAACGUCAGUCAAUACCAAUGAGACGGAAACAUGGAAGGUGCCUAAAGAAGCCAGGGUGGCUAUCUAAAGAACUUUUAACUGAGUUAAGAUUAAAAAGGAUGUGUACAAAAAAUGGAAAAGGGGGGAAACCACCAAAGAGGAAUUCAAACAAAUAGCCAGCACGUGUAGACACAAAGUCAGAAAAGCUAAAGCAUAGAAUGAACUCAGGCUUGCUAGGGAGGUUAAAAGCAACAAAAAAGGCUUUUAUGGGUAUGUCCGUAGCAAAAGGAAGAACAAAGAAACAGUGGGGUCACUCAGAGGAGAAGAUGGUGAAAUGCAAACAGGGGACACAGAAAGGGCUGAACUCCUCAAUGCCUUCUUUGCCUCAGUCUUCUCCGAUAAAGAAAACAAUGCCCGACCUGAAGAAUUUGGAGCAAAUGAUUCAGCAGAGGAAACACAGCCCAGAAUAACUAAGGAGAUAGUACAAGAAUACUUGGCUAGUUUAGAUGUAUUCAAGUCUCCAGGGCCAGAUGAACUGCAUCCAAGAGUAUUAAAAGAACUGGCAGAUGUGAUCUCAGAACCACUGGCAGUCAUCUUUGAGAAUUCCUGGAGAACAGGCGAAGUCCCGGCAGACUGGAGGAGGGCAAAUGUUUUCCCUAUUUUCAAAAAGGGGAAAAGAGAGGACCCAAAUAAUUACCGCCCAGUCAGUCUGACAUCAAUACCAGGGAAGAUUCUGGAGCAGAUCAUUAAGCAAACAGUCUGUGAGCACCUAGAAAGGAAUGCUGUGAUCACCAAUAGUCAGCAUGGAUUUCUGAAAAAUAAGUCAUGUCAGACUAACCUGAUCUCGUUUUUUGACAGAAUUAGAAGCCUGGUAGAUGAAGGGAACGCAGUGGAUGUAGCCUACCUUGAUUUCAGCAAGGCAUUUGACAAGGUGCCCCAUGAUAUUCUUGUAAAGAAGCUGGUAAAAUGCGGUCUUGACUAUGCUACCACUCAGUGGAUUUGUAACUGGCUGACUGACCGAAGCCAAAGGGUGCUCAUCAAUGGUUCCUCUUCAUCCUGGAGAAGAGUGACUAGUGGGGUGCCACAGGGUUCUGUCUUGGGCCCGGUCUUAUUCAACAUCUUUAUCAACGACUUGGAUGAUGGACUCAAGGGCAUCCUGAUCAAAUUUGCAGAUGACACCAAACUGGGAGGGGUGGCUAACACCCCAGAGGACAGGAUCACACUUCAAAACGACCUUGACAGAUUAGAGAACUGGGCCAGAACAAACAAGAUGAACUUUAACAGGGAGAAAUGUAAAAUAUUGCACUUGGGCAAAAAAAAUGAGAGGCACAAAUACAAGAUGGGGGACACCUGGCUUGAGAGCAGUACAAGUGAAAAGGAUCUAGGAGUCUGGUUGACCACAAACUUGACAUGAGCCAACAGUGUGACGCGGCAGCUAAAAAAGCCAAUGCAAUUCUGGGCUGCAUCAAUAGGAGUAUAGCAUCUAGAUCAAGGGAAGUAAUAGUGCCACUGUAUUCUGCUCUGGUCAGACCUCACCUGGAGUACUGUGUCCAGUUCUGGGCACCACAGUUCAAGAAGGACACUGACAAACUGGAACGUGUCCAGAGGAGGGCAACCAAAAUGGUCAAAGGCCUGGAAACGAUGCCUUAUGAGGAACGGCUAAGGGAGCUGGGCAUGUUUAGCCUGGAGAAGAGGAGUUUAAGGGGUGAUAUGAUAGCCAUGUUCAAAUAUAUAAAAGGAUGUCAUAUAGAGGAGGGAGAAAGGUUUUUUUCUGCUGCUCCAGAGAAGCGGACACGGAGCAAUGGAUCCAAACUACAAGAAAGAAGAUUCCACCUAAACAUUAGGAAGAACUUCCUGACAGUAAGAGCUGUUCGACAGUGGAAUUGGCUGCCAAGGAGUGUGGUGGAGUCUCCUUCUUUGGAGGUCUUUAAGCAGAGGCUUGACAACCAUAUGUCAGGAGUGCUCUGAUGGUGUUUCCUGCUUGGCAGGGGGUUGGACUCUAUGGCCCUUGUGGUCUAUUCCAACUCUAUGAUUCUAUGAUUCUAGGUAGCAGCACACCAUCAUGCAAUGCUGUGACUACCACACCUCUGAGCCCAUCAGUCACCCCAUUUCAGUUCAGUUUCACAAGCCAGGGCAGGCAAGGAUCUAAUGAGCAGAUGGCUGGAUACAUCAUUGCAUCCUAUACAUGCAUCCUAUACAUAUAACCAGGCUGCAUUCACUAGAACUGAUCCCUCAACCAUGGCUUUGAUAAAAUGUUGGACACCUGAGUUGGCAUGGCCACAGGAGCAGUAUCUGCACCAUUGCAGUCCCAAGCAACUUUAUCUUCAAAAUGUUUAGCCAGCCGAUUACAGGUAGCCACCACAUGCUCCAGAGGUCUCACCCCCUGGUCAGGCAUGACCAGCCUCCAGGUCACAUUGAACAACUCUGCUGGGCACCUCUUUGAGGAUGCAGUGGAUCUAUUUGCUGUUCCCACAGCCAUGUGGCAGACACCGUAAUUAAUCUGAAAACAUUCUCAGCCAGUUCCAGAGCAAGAUUUAAGUUGCUUAACUACCAGCCAAUGCCUUUUCAAUUUCAUCAAAGGAAGCUCCUCAGUGACAGUAAGAGCUGUUUGACAGUGGAAUGGACUCCCAUGUGAGGUGGUGCACCCUCCUUCCUUGGAGGUUUUUAAGCAGAGGUGGAAUGGCCAUCUGCCAUGGAUGCUUUAGAUGAGAUUCCAACAUUGCAGGGGGUUGACUAGACGACCCUUUGGGUCCCUUCCAACUCUACAAUUCUAUGAUUCUAUUAUCUGUCAUUUUGUUUUGUGCAUGGAUGUAGUGGCACCCUAGAGGUAUUUCCCUACUUUUCACAAAGUCUCUGACCACCCCCACUCACUGUUCCUUUGGUCAUGAAAUGAUGAGCAUUGUGUUUCUAAUUCACAGCUAUUCUAAGAAAAAGCAAAUAUUUGCUCAGUAUAUUCUACUGCAUAUUUGUAGACCCUACUCACUUCUCUUUAAAUUGCUCGUGCCAUUUUAUUUUUGAUGAAACAGCAAUAUAACCAAUGUGAAAUUCAGGGGAGAUAAACCCUCUGGCUCUUCUCCCUCCAUCUGCCUUAGUAGGCUUGACCUCUUGCCCUAGUUGUCAUUCAAGUUCUCAAUGUGAUUUCCCACUGUUUUGAAUCAAGGCUACUCAUGCAUUUAAGAGAUGAAAUGUAUUUCAACCAACUGAGAAAGAGGAAUACAAAAUUGAUUUACUGAUAUUAUUUUUCCACCACUUUGGAAGCCUCAGUUCACUUUUCUCGGUGUGGCCCUUUAUUUUAUGAGUCUGCUGGAUCAAGCCAAGUGCCUGCUCUCCCCAUUGCCAACCAGAUGCCUCUUCUGGGAAAGCCACAAGCAGGAUCCGAGCACAAGAAUCUCCUCCCUUCCUUUUCUUUUCAACUACUGGUAUUCAGAAGCAUUGCUGCCUUUAGCUGUGCAGGUAGAGCAGAGCCAUCAUUGCUAGCAUUAUCACUAGCCUCUUUUAAAGCCACCCCAGCUGGUGGCCUUCAUGAGUGAGUUCCAUAGUUUAACUAUGUGCUGUGUGAAGAAGGAAUUUCUUUUAUCUGUCCUGAAUCAUGACAUCUAGUGGAGCUCUUCACAACCUCUAUAUGUUUUAAUGGCCCUGAAGAAUUUAGCAUUGUCAGCAAUCUUGGCCACCCAUCUCUAGCUCACUUAUGAACAAAUUGAGAAGCACAGGUCUUAAUAUUGCUUAUUGGCAGAGAACUGUCCAUUUAUUCCUUCUCUCUGCUUUCUGCACCUUAACCAAUUCCUGAUUCACAAGAGGACCUGGAUACUCCUUUUCUUGGGUGCUAGUGAAACUCUCAAGUAAACACAGUUUGCAUAUGUUAGUGUCUGAAAUUAUAUGCUGUUUUCCCCUUACUGAUGAACAAAAUGAACUUGCUUUAUUAGAGAAGAAGCAGAGGAUUUUGGAUAGAAACAGAUUCCCUCACUCCGAACAAGAACACCUGUGUUGAUAGAAAGGGUGCUGCAUAGCUAGAUUGGUAGUGUUAAAAAUCUAAAUGGCACCGCUUACUGGUGGUAAAUUAUAACAAUAUACAAAGCAAUCAGUGUUUAUUGUGUUUUAAUGGUACUACAAGAUCUGCCACCUGAGGAUCCUCACUACUCCAUCUCUUUUCUGAUUUGUCCUGCUGAUGACUACAGGAAGGUCUUAGUGAUGGGGCUUUCAUUAUGCCCUAGAAAGUUCUAGGAGUUUUGUUCUGUAUUAUCCAGGACUGCAAGAAGCUAUGGGUGGCAUUGCUCAUGGUUCCCAGAGUUCCUAGAGACGGUGGAAAGGACUUUAGGGAAUCAGUCUAGAUUAUGUUGUUGAUUGAAGAACAUUCCAGUUGACAGAGGUGGGUGAGUCUUGUUUUCAUAUUAAUCUGUGAUUUAUUUAUUUAAAAAAGCUCCAUGUGGAAAUUUGUAUUUAAAUGCAAAUUUUUAUCACAAAAUAUUUUAUCACAAAAUGUUUCCAGGCACUUUGACUUGUGCCUGGAAACAGACCAGUAGCCUGUGAAGCUGUUCUAGCAAGGAAGUCACCUGCUCCCUAUUGUUGUUGUAUAGUCGUUUAGUCGUGUCCGACUCUUCAUGACCCCAUGGACCAGAGCACGCCAGGCACUUCUGUCUUCCACUGCCUCCCGCAGUUUGGUCAGACUCAUGUUUGUAGCUUCGAGAACACUGUCCAACCAUCUCGUCCUCUGUCAUCCCCUUCUCCUUGUGCCCUCAAUCUUUCCCAACAUCAGGGUCUUUUCCAGGGAGUCUUCUCUUCUCAUGAGGUGGCCAAAGUAUUGGAGCCUCAGCUUCACGAUCUGUCCUUCUAAUGAGCACUCAGAGCCAAUUUCCUUAAGAAUGGAUACGUUUGAUCUUCUUGCAGUCCAUGGGACACUCAAGAGUCUCCUCCAGCACCAUAAUUCAAAAGAAUCAAUUCUUCGGCGAUCAGCCUUCUUUAUGGUCCAGCUCUCACUUCCAUACAUCACUACUGGGAAAACCAUGGCUUUAACUAUACGGACCUUUGUUGGCAAGGUGAUGUCUCUGCUUUUUAAGAUGCUGUCUAGGUUUGCCAUCGCCUUUCUCCCAAGGAGCAGGCGUCUUUUAAUUUCAUGACUGCUGUCACCAUCUGCAGUGAUCAUGGAACCCAAGAAAGUAAAACGCUAGGGUCACUUAGUUGGCAGAUCCUGAGUAUGGGGCUGUUUGAGCCAGUUGAAGUUUCUGAGUCCUUUUCAGAGUCAGUCCCAUGUUGGUUGCACUUCAGAAGUCCAAACGGGAGUGGAAUAGGGUUGGGUUGGAAGUUCCAAGCUGAAUUAACCCUUAGGGUUCUAGAAAAUGUUUUAGCAAUGUGUUCAAGCUCCCACAUGUAUUGCGAGGCCAGACUGCUUUUCAUAAGGUUUUCCUUUUUUGUGCACCAGAGUUCACAUUGUGAUAUCUCUGUGUCUCUUACCUGCAGAUGUAGGACCAUAUUGGAUACUUUAUCAUCUGAGCUAUGGCCAUCCUACAUGGCAUUUCUAUACCAUGGUGGUGCAUUAUGAUUAGGUGCUAGGUUACACUAUAUCUGGUGUUUUGUUUUGGCAAUGUAGGUGGGGUAGUCAUCAGUGUGGGGGCAGGUACCAUAAUCCUUCCUCUUUGUGGCAGUUGUUAAGAGAAUGGUCAUGGAUUGAAGGAGUAAAGGACACAGUGUAAAUGUGCUCCUCUGCUCUGCUGCCUACAUCCGACCCACUGUUCCACUCCAUUUCAGCCAUUCUGUUGGAUUAUCUGAGAUGUUCCACUAUCUAGCAUAUUUGUCAUGGGGUGGCAUAGCUGUUGUUCUGCCAGUGUCUCACUGAACGCUAGGGUCGCUUAGUUGGCAGAUCCUGAGUAUGGAGUUGUGCUCUUCCCAGUCACUAGACGGGCUUGUUGUGGCCUUACUGGAAAGCUUAUAGCUAAGACCAAGACCUGUAAAGCUGAGAGGCUAUUUUCAUAUUUCUAGUUACAGGUAGGUAGCCAUGUUGGUCUGCAGUAGUCGAAACAAAAUAAAAAAACUUCCUUCCAGUAGCACCUUAGAGACCAACUAAAUUUUUUAUUGGUAUGAGCUUUCGUGUGCAUGCACACUUCUUCAGAUACAAUUCAGAUUCGUGUGCAUUUUGUUUAGGCUAUUUUCAUGUAAGUGUUCCAGGAAGAUAUUUCAAGAAAUAACACAGUGCAAAAUCUCUUACCAAAUUUAACUGAAGUUGAGUAUUAUCUUUGUACUUCAUGUGCUGAGUUAGUUUGAGUCAUCUGGCCAUGCUGAACUUGAGGUUUUGCAGAUUCCACUUUGACAAGGCACCAGAGAGAAGCAAACAAAUAAAAGCAAGCACUACUGCUAAUCAUUUUGGGAAACAGAAAAGCCCAGUAUUAUUAUCCAUUAUUCUCAAAUCCUCAACUGUCAUAACCUUCUUUCUUUGACCUCCUCCUCCUCCCUUUUUUUGUAUCCUAGCUAUUAAUUGUCAGAGCAAACCCUUUCCAUAUUUCAUAAUAUUCUGUCAUUACAUUACCUUAAACUAUUUUAAUCUUAUCUUACUAUAAAAAACCUUGAAACUUAAAACUUAAGUCUUAUCUUUACCAACUUCUCAUCACCAUAAUAUUCUUUCAUAAUUCUUUAAACAUUUUUACUAAAGCCGAGUAAUUUCAUUCCAACAUUUUUCUAACAUUCAUCAAUUUUAUAAAACAGUCCUAGUAGUAAUAAAAAGAAAUAAAAACAAAUCCAAUCUUCAUCCAGCAUCCCUUCCUCCUGGUCCCGGGUUUAGUCAGUCCUUAUUAUCCCGUCGAUCUAGCGCAUUAACCGGGUAACCUUAUAUCCGAGGCCCUUAAGUCUCUUCCAUGUCCCUUCCGCAGUUCUUCUUCAUAUUUGUAACUGUAUUUUCCCUUGUCUCCUGCUCGUGGGAACUCCAGCUUAACAAUAUUUCUGACCCUUCUCGACAGAUCAGCCCCUUUACCAUAAUCAACACUAAAUUCCAUGUGGUUUUUAAAAACAUGUUUCAAAAUCCCUCCAAAAUUAAGAGCCCCCACAAUCCCAAACAUCUCACGGCCCAUUGCCAGACUUGAAAAGUCCAAACAUCCCUGCAUGGGGGGGGGGGGCAAUCCAGCCCCCCAUUUCGAAGCCAAACCAAACUUUUUCUUUCCAAAUCUGGCUUUUUCCAAGUUCAUUUGUCAAAUCCGAAAGCUCAUAUUCCUGUUGGGCCUGUUCUGUCAAGACACACUCCUGAUUUAAUUCCUGGGUGGGCUCCACAUAUUUUCCCACUGUCUGUUCAAAGUUUCCCACUACCUGUUCAAAGUUUCUAAUUGAAUUCACCAUCAAAUUCGUCUUCUCAUGUAGCUGUUCCAGUAGGGCAUUUGUUUUAUAGAAAGCACACAACAGAGCUUCUGAAUACAUUGUCCUGCAAGGUCAGAUGUCUAUUUCCCACGAUUGUAAUCUGUAACAGCUGCCAGCUCCCUGGAAUUAGUUACAGUUUCACAGUCUCCCUCUAGGGGGAAAACUUCUAUUUGUUCUUGCAACAAAGUUUUCCUUUUUGAGAUAUUUUGUCAAUAUUUGUUCCUUUAAACUGCGAAAGGGAACAGUGGAAUCACUGUGUUUCUCUUCUUUUAGCUAUCUGUCAACAACGUUUGUCUCUGGUCAAUGAGCUUCAAACGUCAGUCCUGACACCCCGCUCCAGGAUCAGGACGGUGGAAAGUUACUUUACUUUAAACUCACUUCUGCAGGUUUAAACAGUCCGAAAAAGAUCCCCCUUCUUCUCCUGCUGCUGAAGGGGGGUUCCACAAUUUUAAAUGAUGAAAGCCAAUCCUUUGGCGGCGAUUUUCUGAGCUCUAGUUUACGUUGUCUUUGCUUUAUCUGUCUACAAAGAAACGGAAGGCUGACUUCCUGUUUAGACCUUCCCGUUUCAGUACCAAAUUGAAAUAAUUUUUUAAGUCCAAUUCCUUUCUGCUCGCAAGUCCUUAUUUAAAGUCCAGUUGUUCAAAGUUUAAGUACUCACGGGUGCUUAUUUUAGAAUCCAAAUUGUCCCAGGAAAAAGGCAGCGCUCUCCGGCAACGGCUAUGCGGCUUCGCUCCACGGAAAUAGCAGUUGACUCACAGCACCGCACCACUUCCCCCUCUUCACUUCGGAGCCCGUUAGUGGGUUCCUUUGCGGGUUGGGGGGGCGCUAAGGGUGCCCGCCAAGUCCCAUGGUCACAGGCUUCAUCCGCCUGUGAUUUUUAAAAGGGUCCCCGCUUCGCCGUAGCAGAAAAGACCCGUUUCGCGCGGAGCUAGUCCCUCCAGUUCAGAGGGAGUCCGCCAUUACCGAUGGCGCCACCCCGGAAGUCGUGAGCGAAGUUCUUUAUGAACUUCCUGUAGAAGUUGCUGAAGCCUAAGAACCUUUGCACAUCUUUCCGGGUUUUGGGGGCUUUCCAUUCCAGCACUGCCUUCACCUUGCCUGGGUCCAUAGCUAGGCCCUUGUCUGACAACUUGUACCCCAGAAACUCGACCUCCCUGGCGUGAAAUUGGCAUUUUUCCAGCAUGACCCACAACUGAUGCUUCUGCAGUCUCUGUAGCACUUCCCUGACAUCUCUGACGUGUUGCUUCUCAUUGUCCGAAUAGAUUAAGAAGUCAUCCAAAAAGGCUACGCAAUUCUUGUACAGCAGGGGCCCCAACACGUGGUGCAUGAAUCCUUGAAAACAGGCGGAGCCCGAUUGUAAUCCAAAUGGCAUGACUAAGCACUCAAAGGCCCCCAGGGGGUGAACAUGGUCGUUUUCCAUUCGUCCCAUCCCUUACCCUAAUUAAAUUGUAUGCCCCCCUGAGGUCCAGCUUGGUAAAAAUCUUCCCCUGCCUCACCCGGGUUAAAAUGUCAUCAAUCCUUGGCAUUGGGAAGGUCACGGGUUCAGACACCAGGUUCAAGGCCCUAUAAUCUACGACCAACCUGGGCUGAUUGGUCCCCUUUUUGUCUACAAAGAACACCGGACUGCCCCCCACCGCCUUUGAUUCCCUUAUGAACCCCCUCUUCAGGUUCUGAUCAAUAAACUGCCGCAACUCCUGCAUCUCCCGGUCUGACAUGGCGUACAGCUUACCCACCGGCAACUAAGCCCCUGGGAGUAGGUUGAUUUGGCAGUCAAAGGGCCUGUGUGGGGGGCAGUCCGCUGAAGACCUUCUUCACAUCAGCAUAUUGUGGUGGCACCUCCCCUUGUUGUUCCACGGCCAGCCCAGCAACCCUGGCUACUGUCAUUCUUGGGUUCUCCCCUCCCAGACAGUGUCCUAAGCAGUAAGCUGACCCAAAGGUGACUGACCGCUGAUGCCAUAACACUACUGGAUCAUGCAGUGCCAGCCAGCUCAUUCCCAGUAUUAUUGGGGGUCCUGCCAGUGUGGCCACGUGAAAGGCAAUGGUCUCCGUGUGCCUGGAAACCCUCAUUCGCAUUGGCAGGGUCUGGUGUGUCACUUCCCCUCCCAGAAGUUCCCUGCCAUCGAUGGUUGUCACCUGCAAGGGAAAAUCCAGAGGCAACAGGUGGAGUUGGUGCUCCAGAGCAAAGUCUCUGCUGAAGAAAUUACACGAGCUGCCCGAAUCCAGCAGUCCCUUAACCUUGACAGGGUGCCCAUUCGGGAGUUCUAGCACCACUUCUAUGGCUAUAGCUGCCUUGGGGGGGUCAGGCUGGGGCACUUCUAUUGGUUGCUGGCCUGGCUGCUGCCCCUGCUGGUUGUCGUUUCCCUGCGCCUGCUCUUCCUCCCCCUUCUCGUUGUGGCCUGCAGCCCCCACCAUCCCUUGCCAGGCUUUCCUUUGAGGGCAGACCUUAGCAAAAUGUCCUGGUCGUUCACAGAGGAAACACUUCUUGGUAGUUUUCCAGUCCUUUCCCUCCCUUUUACAACCUUCACGGGAGUUUGAAACCUCGCGCGCGCCAUCAAUUUCCAUUGGCUCUGCCGCCUGGGGAGGCUCCCUCGGUAUCUCAGGAAUGCGGUAGUCAUGGAAACGUUCCCCUCUCAUUUCCCGCUUCUCCUGAGCCCGCGCUUCUUGGCGUACGCCUAUCGCGAGCACCGCCUUUGUGAGCUCAUCCAUCGACCGUGGGCGGGGCGCUCAGGACAACUCGUCUUUCACUUCGGGGGAAAGACCCGCCUCAAACAACAUUUGUAUUGGUUCAGAGCCCAGAUCCCACCCGAGCCGGUGUACUAACAUUGCAAAACGCGACCAGUAGCUUCUGACGGACUGGCUCCCCUGCUUGCAAUCAGUUCCCGACGUGUCAUGCUUUGCUCCACCUCACUGGAAAACAUCGCGUCCAUCCCCUGAAGGAAUUUAUUAAGGUCCUUCAAGGCACCAUUUUGCGUCGCCAUUAGGGGCCUGAUCCAUUCUCUCGCCCCAUCCUGCAGAUGCCCCACAAUGUAAGCCACCCUCUCCCCGUCAUCAGCAAAGUCAUUUUUCUGCAGCUCCAAAGUGUACUGCACUUCCGUUCGGAAAGCAUUGUAGUCUUGGGGCUUCCCCCCAAAUUUGUGUACCAGCCCCGGUACCUUCCUUGCGAUGGGGGUGGCUCUGACCUGUGCAUCCUGAGCCCGUCUUUCCUCCAGCCGCGCUGUCAGGAUAGCUACGUGCAUCUCCAAGUCUUGGUUCCUCUCGACCAGACUCCGCACUGCAGCUGGCUGCUCCGUCUCUCCGGCUGCUCCUGUUUGGCUCAUCUUGCUGCCUCUCCAGGGCUACGCACAAGCAACGUCAGGGACUAACGGAUUGCUGUAAUGGUUCUAAGGGUUGCUUGUGUGUAAAUCAACGCCACCCUUGGCUGGUUGCCUGAAUGAACCCUUUCUUUCUGGACAGCCACGCGCCCGUGACUGUCUCAAUCACUGGCAGAAUCCGUUAGUGGGCGUUUCUUGAACUUCUUCCAGCAAAGAAGCUCUUUGAUGCCUAGUCUCCGCCUAGCUUCCCUGCGCGGAAGCCUUCUGCGCAGGGAGGGUGUGGGCAUCGGAGGACCCGUGCUCUCCCCACUGGUUCCCGGCGAGGAGUCUUGGAGCCACCUCACCGAUUCCCCCAUCUGCCCCCCUUCUCCACUGGUGUUACGCUGAUUUCCUUCCCCAGAAGAUGUGCUGCUUCUCUCCCUCCCGGGACGCUCUCCGGAAUCCCUCUGGAGCCCUCCCUCUCCCUCUGGCUCCGAUGGCAGUUCCCUGACAGUCUGCCAUAGUUGAAACAAAAUAUAAAAACUUCCUUCCAGUAGCACCUUAGAGACCAACUAAGUUUGUUAUUGGUAUGAGCUUUCAUGUGCAUGCACACUUCUUCAGAUACAAUUCAGAUUCCACUUUGAGGUUUUGCAGAUUCCACUUUGACAAGGCACCAGAGAGAAGCAAACAAAUAAAAACAAGCACUACUGCUAAUCAUUUUGGGAAACAGAAAAGACAGCAAAUUAAUUUAACUUAUCAUAGUAUCAACCGAUGUGAACUCAAGGGUUUUUCAGACUGUUGAGGGUUGGGUUAAAGUGUAUGUCUUUCACUCUGCUAAUUGAUCUUCUUCUUCUCUGGCGAUCACUCGUAGCCAAGUAAGAUUGUCUUCCAUGAAUGUGGUCUUAACAGUGAGUCCGUAAGUGACUGUGGAGGCCAAUUGUGGAUCCAUACGUCCUUCCACAGUAAAGACAUAGGUUUCCAGGCAGGAGUUGAUCAUGGUGAGGAUUUGUCAAAUGUGCCUUCCUCUUAGCUCAUUUCUCCCUUCCUGAGUUCGUGCUUCUUCAAAGUCCAUGACACCUUUGGUAAAGGCUGUUCUCCAGUUGGAGCACUCACAGGCCAAUGUUUCCCAGUUAUCAGUGGUUAUACUACAUUUUUAAAGAUUUGCCUUGAGAGAGUCUUUAAACAUCUUUUGUUGUCCACCAGCUUUCCAUUCUUAGAUUGGGAAUAGAGUAGUUGCUUUAGAAGACAAUAAGCCCAUUUCAAUAUACUGUCAGGGGUAUGAGAUACAUUUUGAUUGCUCUCCUCUGGAGUAUUGUUUAUGAUGUUUUAAGCCUUCGUUUGUUCUUUCAGGCUGAAUUGCAUUUCUGCUUUACAAAAUUCCUUUGUAAAUAGCAUUGUAAGAAAUAAUGUAUACUCUCUGUAUAGGCCAGUAUUUAUUUAUUUAUUUAUUUAUUUAUUUACCUUCUUAAAUAUUAGUCUAUCAAUAAGGGGGUAGAUGUUACUUCCAAAACAAUGAGAAACUAUUUGAAAAUAGUCAGAAAAAUUAAUUUGUCCUAUUAAUCACUUACAACAGUGGGGUUUGGGAUUUUUUUGUGCUUUUUUGUGCUUAGAAAGCUUUCUGCCCAGGGUACUCUUUUCAUCUGCGCUCAUUUGCUAAGCUGAUCUUUCAUGUCUAUUAUGAAAGCCUGGACAAACACAAACCCCUGUGUUGCAAAAUGUAACAAUCUGCAAAAAUGCAAACACAACACGCUGGCUAAUAACUGUUAAUGAAUAUAUAAUCAGUUAUGAUGUCAUUCAAAAUAUAUGAAUAAGCCAGUUCAAAAUGGUUUAUAUAUCAUACAACACAUCUCACAAAAUAUACAAGUAUCUACAAGUUAUUACAUGUAUCAGAGUCAAACAAAGAAUCAAACGAAUCAAUGAAUAGCGAGGAACGCCAAGCCGUCUCUCAAAGGAAGACAUCUCUCCGAAGUCUCAAAAGGACAGUAUAUCCGGAAUAGUUCCUUCUGUCUCAUUAUUCCAGCAAUUAGUUACCCGCAAUUUGGAAAAGCUAGAAUAGAAGGGCCCUAGAGCUAGGGACAAUCUAACGAAGUCACAACGUACCUGUCUCAAUAACCUUUCUAAUGACACCACUAUAAUUAUUAAACCAGCAGACAAAGGAGUAUUAUUAUCCAGAAUAGACAACAGUAUGUGGAAGAGGCCACAAUAUUAUUUUCUGAUUCCCCUUUUUAAUGUUCAAAUGGCCAAAGAUCCCACAAAUUCUAUAGCUACCAUUCUAAAACCAGUAUUACAUCAUGCAUAUUCAAUAGGGGUAAUUGACAAACACACUUUCGAGUUUCUCCUGCCUUCUUAUCCUUGUACGCCCAUUUUUUUAUUGUUUACCUAAAAUCCGUACGCUCCCUGCCAGGUAGACUGAUAGUAUUGGGUUCCGGUUCCAUUCUGGCACCCAUUGCCAAAUAUUAAGAUUCAUUUUUACAACCUUUUGCCAGGGACUCUCCUGCCUACCUACAAGAUAUGGCUCAUUUUAUCUGUGCAAUAGAGCAUACUAGAGUUACUAAAAUUAUAUUAGCAUCUUUAGAUGUAGCCUCCAUCUAUACCAAUAUCCCUCUAGAUGAAGCACAGUUCAUCAUCAGUCAUCUCUGGCAAUCAUGUUUGGACCCCUCUCCCCCUACUGAAUUCUUACUUGAUUUACUGGACAUACAGUAAAUGUAAAUGUAGUGUUAGAAAAGAAUUAUUUUUGGUUUAUGGAUCAAUUUUAUUUUCAAUCGCAGGGAGUAGUGAUGGGAUCUCCUUUAGUCCCCUAGUCCCCUCAGUAGCAAAUAUUUUCAUGAAUUCUUUUGAAAAAGCUCAUAUUCUACAUCACAACCCCUAUUCUUCAUCUUUAUUACUUUAUUACAGAUACAUAGAUGAUUUAUUUUUUCUUUUCAGCUUCUUGGCAUGAAUUAAUUCCAUCCACCCUUCUUUAUCCUUUUCUGGACAUCAUAGUUCCAUUUCAUGCACAUUCCUAGAUGUCGAAGUCAUCAAACAGGAUGGCUAUCUGUCUGUUAAACCUUAUCCGAAGCCCACCGACUGCAACUCUUUACUACGUUACUCUUCCUUUCAUCCUAGACUUCUUAAGGACAACCUACCAUAUGGACAUUUUUUAUGAAUUAAAAGAAACUCUUCAUUUAAUCAUGAUUUUCUUAAUAGUAUGGAUGCUCUUUUGGAUUCUCUCCGCUCUGGGGAUAUCCUAGUUCAGUCAUUAAUAUGUCUAAACAAAGAUCCAUACUAAAGGACCGUUCAACACUCCUCACCCUGAACCCAUUAUCAACGUUGAACACGCAUGUCGCGGGAUCGUUAGAAUUCACCACUUAUGCAGAUAGAAUUAUUAGGACCAUUCACAAACAUUGGCACAUUCUAUGGACUUUCCCCUCGUCGGCCUUAGGAGGACUAAGUCUAUUAAGAAUAUACUAGUGCAUACUGAUAUGACUCCCACUCAUUCCAUUGUCAAUACCAGCCCUACGGUCAUUAUAAAUGUGGCAGAUGUUCAUCCUGCCCCUUCUCAUUACAGAUUAAAGAGAUUUAUGACAAAAAUUCUAGCUUUAGGUUCACCAUCCGUCAUUUUAGUAAUUUUAUUCUAGGCUUCUUGCCCUGCCAGACAAAUCUAGAAAUAUCUCUCUGCCACUUCUUGAAACAAUCCAUUUUAUCCAAAAUUUGCAAUGUUUGAAACAGAAACAACAUUCUAGGCAAUACAUUCAUUUUUAUCGCAGCAAUGCGGCCUAGCAGUGAAUGAAUGAAUGAAUGAAUGAAUGAAUUUAUUAAUACGGUCACAGACCAGCGUCAACACACACAAUAUCACAGAUCAUAAAAAAAAUCAGAAAUACAGAGGACAAUAUAAAUAUAACAAGGAUUUAAAUAUAAAAAAUUAAAAUUAAUUAUUAGCGUGCCCCCUAUAGUUAACAUUUGGGGGUUUGGUCAUUAUGGGAUACCACUUGCUUCCUGCGAUUAAUUGCAGACGCACAGAAUUUGGCUACAUUUAAUGUAGUCUUGGGAUUCUUGUCCUCUAGCAGUAAUUUUAAACUAUGGUGUUCCGAUUCUUUCCUGGACUUUUGCAAAACAGGUGUAAUAAAAGUCAAACGUAUAUCCUCAUAAAAACGACAGCGUAAUAGUACAUGUGAAGCAGUUUCAACUUCCAACGAGCCACAAGGGCAGACCCGUGCUGUGUAUGGUUUACCCUCAAAUCUGCCCUGAAGUAAGGCAGAAGGGAGAACGUUGAAUCUGGCAAGGGUAAAAGACCGUCUGUAUUUGGGUACCUGAAGACCUGACAGAUAGUUAGCUGGAGAGAAACCUCUCCCAUGGUCCCUUAUCGCUGGAUGUUUGAUCAUUUCGCUCAUGUGGCAUUGUAAUUCUACGUCCUACGGCCGUCCUACGGCCUAGCAGUGAAAGCUUCAAAUUUGACCAAAUUUCUAAAUCUUUUUUCACUUCCUUCCAGCAUUUUUCAUAAUUGUCUUUAAAUAAAUUCCCAUUUUUAGCUGUCAUGUUAAUUCCCAGGUAUUUCACUUUCUUAACCACUGUUAAGCCUGUCUCGUUCUGAAACCUCUCUCUCUCAAUCGCUGUUAAUUUUUUCUCUAAAACCUUUGUUUUUAACUUAUUCAGUUUAAAUCCUGCAACCUGACCAAAUUCUUGAAUCAGUUCCAAAACUCUUUUAGUACUAGAUUCUGGCUCCUGUAAUGUCAAUACUAAGUCAUCUACAAAUGCUCUCAAUUUGUACUGUUUAGCUCCAACUUGUAUACCUUUAACCAAUUGGUCCCUUCUAAUCAUAUUCAGCAGGACCUCCAGGACCGAUAUAAAAAGCAAUGGGGAGAUUGGGCAACCUUGUCGUGUCCCUUUUUCUAUCUUAAAUUCCUCUGUCACCACGUUAUUAACAAUUAAUUUGGCCUUUUGUUCAGAAUAAAUUGCACUUAUACCAUUUCCAAAACCUUGACCUACCCCCAUCCCCUGUAGGUUCUUCUUCAUAAAACUCCAAGAAAUAUUGUCAAAAGCUUUCUCCGCAUCCACAAAUAUCAAAACUGCCUUGGUAUUAAUAUUCACUUGUAAUUUUUCUAAAAUAUUAAUUAUGUUUCUCAUAUUAUCAGACAAGUGCCUACCCGGGAGAAAGCCUGUUUGAUCUUUAUGAAUCUCUUCCACUAGCACUUUUUUUAGUCUUUUAGCCAAAAUAUCUGCAAAGAUUUUAUAAUCCACAUUAAGCAGUGAUAUGGGGCGGUAGUUCUUGAGCUGCGUCUUUUCAGUCUCUGUUUUCGGUAUAAGUGUGAUAUACGCUUCCUUCCACGACUCUGGUGCCCUCUUCCCUUCCAAUAUUUCAUUACAGACUUCCUUUAGAGGUUGUACUAACCAUUCUUUUAAAACUCUGUAGUAUCUAGAAGUCAGUCCAUCCGGUCCUGGAGAUUUACCUAAUUGCAUAUUCUGAAUGGCACCUUCUACCUCCUGUUCAGUUAUUUUAUAAUUCAACAUUAAUUUGUUUUCUUGAGAGAUUUUUGUAAUCCAUUUAUUUUCAAAAAUCGAUCUAUAUCAAUUUCUUUCUGUGGCCCUUGUGUAUAUAAUUGUUUAAAGUACCUCUGGAAACAGUUUCUAAUCUCGACUGGGUUCUGUAUGUUCUUUCCUUCCACUUCUAGAUUUAUAAUAGUGUUUAGUUUUUAUCCUUUUUUCAUUUGCCAGGCCAACAAUUUCCCACAUUUAUUAGCCGACUCAAAUGUCUUUUGUCUCAUUUGUUUGAUUUUCCAUUCUAUUUCCUGGUUCAUCAUUUUCAUAUAUUGUACUUGAUAUAACUUUAUUUCUCUCAAAAUCUCUUGCGACUUUGGUUUUGCUCUCAAUUUCUUCUCACUUUCCUUUAUUUUCUCCAAAAUUUUAUAUUUCUUCUCAUUUUGGAUUCUCUUCUUUAUUGCAUUCUGUUGUAUCAGAAACCCUCUCAUAACCGCUUUACUUGCGUCCCAGAUUACUCUUUUUUCAACAGUAGUGUUCAUGUUUAUCUUGAAAUAAUCUCUCAAGGUUUUUUGGGCCUUCUUAAUCACUUCUUCAUCUCUAAAUAAGGUGCCAUUCAUCCUCCAUCUGAAAGAGCCAGUUGGUGUUAGUUUCAUCUCCAUCUUCACGGCAUUAUGGUCGGAGCAGGUUUUUGGACAAAUUUCCACUUUUCUUGUCUUUGGUGCCAUUCCUCUAGUUACCCAUAUUUGGUCAAUUCUUGUCCAUGUCAUUUUGGCUUCAGAGAAGAAGGUUCCCUCUCUACCCAAGGGAUUCUUUGUUCUCCAAAUAUCAACUAAAUCCAAGUUGUCUGUCAUCUCAAAAAAGGUUUUCGGUAGUCUACCGUCCUUAGUGACUACCUGUCUUUGUGCCUUGUCCAUAUUUGUAGAUACCACUCCAUUCAUAUCCCCCAUCAAAAUCACAUUAUAGUCCAAAUAGUCCAUCAAGGUCUCAUGCAACUUUUUAAAGAAUUCAGAUUUCCCCUCAUUUGGUGCAUAAACUCCUACUAUCAGAAAUUUCUCUCCUUGAAUUUGAAUUUCAAUUGCCACAAAUCUUCCUUGGUCGUCUUUAAAGAUAACUUUCGGUGAUAAACUCUCCUUUGCAUAAAUCACUACUCCUCUUUUUUUAACUUUGUCCGAUGAGAUAAACUCUUGACCCAGUCUUUUAUUGAUCAAUACUUUUCUAUGUAGCCUUAUCACAUGUGUUUCCUGUAAGCAAAUCAAGUCCAAUUGUUCCUUUUUUAAUAAAUGAAAAACUCUUUUCCUUUUCUGGGGGGAGUUGAGACCAUUAGUAUUCCAGCUUAAUAGUUGCAGAGCCAUGAUGUAGUUACUUUGCUUUUCCUCCAACUGCGCCAAGUGUUUGUUCUUGUUCUGUCGGGGGUAUCACUUUCUCUGAGCAGUCCAGUCCAAAAGGUAGUGUUGCUAUGUCUAAUAUUCCUCUUUCUAAUGCUCUUGGCUCUUCUCCAGAUUCUUUCUGCAAAUCUUCUCCGUGAUCUUUCAAAAAUCUUUCUUUGUCGUCCACUGAUCUUAUUUUUAUCUUUUUUCCUUUAAAGCUAAAAGAUAGGCCUUGGGGAAAUUCCCACCUAAAGAUAAUUCUGUUACUUCUCAACAGGGCAACCAAAUUUCCGUAAUUGGACCUAAGGUCCAAAAGAUGUUUCGGGAUGUCUUUAAAUAUCUCCACUCUUGACUGAUGUAUUUCCAGGGUCUUCUGAAAGUGCAGACUCAAGAUUUUGUCUCUCUCCUCUUUUGUUCAGAGGGUGAUCAAACAGUCUCUUACCCUGUUCUUCUUCCCCCCUCUUCCAAGCCUAAAGGCACUCACUAUCUUAAAGUCUUCUUUCUCCAAAUCUAGGUCCCAAAAGUCUGCAAAUUCCUGUAUAAGAAAGUCAAUCAGGUUGUCUUUCUCAAGUUCAGGUACGGCCCUGAUCCUCAAGUUCGUUUGUUUCUCCUUCAAUUCAAUCAUAGACAACAUCGACCUAUGGUCCUCGAGUUGCCUAUGUAUCGGUGGUAUCUUCUCCUCUACAGCAACUGCUUUUUCCUUUGCUUCUUCAGCUGUCUUUCGGGUCAAAGUAGAUUCCUGUAGCAAUUUCUCAAUAGUUUCUGUGUUAGUGUUCACCUUCUGUCCCAAAUUAUUAAUGCUUGUAGUGUUUUGGUCAAUUUUAGUUGAUGCUUCAGCUACUUGUUUACUUAAUUUUUCCAAAGAUUCAUUAAUUUUACCUAAUGCCAGAGCUAAAACAUCUUCAGAUGCCAUUCCUUUUGAUUUAAAUUGUACAGAUGCAGCCCCUGAUGGUGCAGAAGGGCCAGAUGCUGAUGCUCUUCGCUGCUGCCAAGAUUUACCAGACCUCGUUGUUUUUUCCUGAAGCAAGUCUAUUUUUUCUUUUCCAUCUGCCAUAACACUCUAGCUGAAGCCCAAGGUCAAUCCCACGGCCAGAAUUUGUUUUGAAGUGGAAAAUUCCCCUGGCCCAGUUGUUGUAACAAUUUCAAACUUCCUCUAGGGGGACACAGUAACAGUCAAUGCUUGUUGCAUUAAAAAAUAACUCUUUUUAAUCCCCCAAUUCACAAAAUAGGCAACAAUUUCAAUUUCAGUUAGUUUCCAGUUACUUUAAAAUCAGGAGAAACCAGCCAGAAACAAUGUAUCUCUCUUGCAGAGUUAGCUGUCAAAAAGUAUUCACAAGCAGCGCAUUUCACAAUAUGGCAAUCUUAUUGUCCAUUGGCAGCCCGUUCCCAGGUUUUAAGCGGUGGAUUUUUAUUUCCUUUCCUCUCUUUUUGCAGGAAAAUAUAGUUCACACCUUUCCCCUCUCCUCUCCUGCAACCAAGGGGGGAAAUCGCUUGUUUUGAUGUUAGGAUUAUAGUCCUUUUCAAUCGACUUUCCAGGUCUUAGCUUACAACUUCUUUGCUUUAAUCUAUUUACAAGAAACGGAAGGCGGACUUCCUGUUUAUGCCUCCCCGCUUCGGUGCCAAAUUAAGUCUUUGUUUUCCUUUAUUUCCAAUUUUAACCUACUCACGGGUAGUUGUUUUUGUAGCCGGAUUGUCACAGGAAAAAGUCAGCGCUCUCCGGUAACGGCUGUGCGGCUUCGCUCCACGGAAGAAGCAGUUGACUCUCAGCACCGCGCCGCUCACCCCGCUUCACUCCGGAGCCCGUAAUUGGGUUCCUUUACAAAUUGGGGGAGCGCGAAAGGUGGCCACCGAGUCCCACGGUCACAGGCUUCACCCACCUGUGAUUUUAGAAGGGUCCCCGCUUCGCCGGGUCCCGCAGAGCUAAGUCCCUCAGAGUCAGAGGGAAUCCGCCAUUACCGAUGGCGCCAAACCGGAAGUCUCCCACUCAUUCCAUUGUCAAUACCAGCCCUACGGUCAUUAUAAAUGUGGCAGAUGUUCAUCCUGCCCCUUCUCGUUACAGAUUAAAGAGAUUUAUGACAAAAAUUCUAGCUUUAGGUUCACCAUCCGUCAUUUUAGUACAUGUCAAACUAAAGAUGUAGUUUAUCUCAUCAGAUGUCUGUGUAACUUACUGUACAUUGGUUCCACAACACGAGCAUUCCUGUAUAAGGAAUGCAAUAACGGAGGCACCUCUGGUUGAACAUUUCAUUACACAUCACCAUUUGGAUACAGAUUUAUUAUUUACAGUACUAUGGGUGAACCAGAAGAAACGUGGGGUUGGGCAAGAUUUUGAACGGUUAUUGUGUCAACAAGAAACCCAUUUAAUCUAUUUGUUUAAAUCCACAUAUCUGGGGGGAUUGAUUUCAGAACUCGACUUCAAUUGUUUUAUUUGAAAUCUGUUGUAUGUAAAAUUUGUUAUAUUCUAAUACUAUUUCAAAACCAUCCAAAUCUGUUAUAUUUUAAGUCUGUCACUUUAUGGGUUGUCUUUCCAUUGUGAUGCCAGAAUUGACGUUCUGUUCUUUAAGUUUCUUUACAUUGUCUUCAAUAAUUGUUAUUUGAGACACCUGUGGUCAGCUGUAUAUGUCCUAUGCAUUUGUGUUGUAAGCAUCAGCAGCUACACUAUCCAGUGAGCCCUGAUCCACUAGUAUGAAUAUUUCAUUGAUAAUUAUUCGGUAUGUAUCUCUUUAUAUAUAUUUUGUUCUACUGUAUAACUUAUAUGCAGGUUGCUCAGUUUUGUUGUCAUUCAUUGCUUGCAGUGCCUUAUAUUCCAUUUCUAGCCGAUGAAGACUUUAUUCUGAAACAGUUGAACUAUUCCAGAUAUACUGUCCUUUUGAGACUUCGGAGAGAUGUCUUCCUUUGAGAGACGGCUUGGCGUUCCUCGCUAUUCAUUGAUUUGUUUGAUUCUCUGUUUGACUCUGAUACAUGUAACAACUUGUAGUGUAUAUUUUGUGAGAUGUGUUGUAUGAUAUAUACACCAUUUUGAAGUGGCUUAUUUGUAUAUUUUGAAUGCCAUCAUAACCGAUUAUAUAUUCAUUAACAGUUAUUAGCCAGCAUGUUGCGUUUUCAUUUUUGUAGAUUGUUAUGAAAGCCUGGCCUGAUGCAGAGGGUUCUAGAAUGUGUCCUAGGGCAGCAAGGAAGAAGGGAGCUCAUUAGGAAUCAUUAUCUAGCCGUCAUGACUCUACCCAGGCCACGAUCUUACUUGCCCUCCUCCAUGGUUUUGUGCUUGAACCUGGGUUUUGCCUGGGUGGUGGAUGGAGAAAUGGCAGCAGUGGCGGUGGCAGCAAUGUGCAGAAACAUUAUGCAGUUGGAUGUAGGCUACUUUGCAUGGUGCAAAGCACUUGCUCCUCUGACACCACCCACCUUUAGCACGUGGUUCCAGAAGGGCUGCCCAAGGUGGUUCACCUUUGUUCUAGGACGGGCAAUCCAUUCAAAAAGACCAGUUGGGCUUCCGCAUAGCCCCAGAUGAACAGAACCCCUUCUUCAUACCUCUGUGGCUGCACACUGCAGGGGACAAUCAGUAAUGAAGGUUCCAGUUUCACAGAUCUUCUCAGUGAGGAACUUCAGAGUUAGAGAACACAGCAGAAAUCAUGGUUGUGAGAAUCAGCUAGUGAUUAUUGCUGAUGAGAAGAAUGAUGUGUUCAUUGAACAAAGGUCACCCUGGCUUUGGGGACCUUAACACAAUGGUACAUUACAAAAUCCUUCACUGAAUUAUGUGUGAGGAGAAUCAGAACUUACAGGGUUAAACAGUUCUGUGUGUCGUCUCACAUUCUGAGGCGUGGUUUUGUUCACAUACGGGUGAACCCUGAGGUGUUUCAGUCAGCAUUAGUAUUGUUCGAGCCGGGAGAAACCGAGUUAUUAUCCACACACAAGGCACCUUUUCUGCUGCUGCAAUACUCUGCGAUACUCUGCUAAGAGCUGAGGAAGAGAGCUCAAGGUUUCUAUCGGCACAGGAAGAAGUGUGCCAGGCGCCAUUAUAUUCCAUCAUUAUGCUCUACCUUUUUCCUGGGGUAUAGAUUCAAUUUGACAUACACAGAUAAUAAAACAGAUUGUAUCCUACUCACAACCUAUUCUUCUUUGCCCCUUUAAUAUUGGGACUGGAUACAGAUAAAUUCUCCCCUCUAAGUCGGGGCAUGGAGAGCCCAGGGGCAUAACAUGGGGGGCAGGGGGCCGUAGCUCUGGGCACAUGAUUUUGAAGGGACAUGAGUCAGGUGCCCCCACGCGGGAAUCCCUGCCCUGCCUGCCACCAGGGGUCUGUGAGCCCUGGAGUCAGGCCUUGUCUUGCAUCAUGCCCCCGUUGAACUCCUCUUCCGCUUGCUGAAUCUGGCCAGCAUUGGGGGGGGGGGAUGUAUUGGCCAUCUGUCUCCCCUCUGUGCAAGCAGGUGGUGCAGUGUGGCCCCAUGAACCCUCUGUGCCCCGUGCCCACCCACCUGGGUGCCAACAAAGGAUGCAGUGCCACUGGGGAGCCACUGACCCAUGUGAAAAUUCAGUUGCUGGCGGAGCCAGAGGCAGUCAUUUCCUCUCACUUAUUUUUUUCUGCCACACAUCUCUUCCUCUCCCCCUUCUCUUCCCUCCCUCUCCAGUCUCUUUAAGAAAGGGAGAGACUGAGAGAGGGGCAGUUGUUCAGAAGCACUUGCUCUGUGCAAGAGUUUAGGAGGUGGUUGCAAUAAGGUGGGGCAACGUUUGCCUCUAAUAAUCACUGCUGGUUUCUAAUUGCACCAAGAGUUGGGACAUGGAUUCAGCAGCUUCUUGGGUGCCACCUUCCUCCCCUCCCUGGAGCUACUGCUGCUGGGUGUGCAAAAUUCAGAAAGGUAACAUGCCAGCACAAUACGCAUGAACCAUUCGGGCAGCUGUAACCUCCGUCUCCUGCUCUUUCCACAAACUGGAUUCAGCUGCAGUUUGCUUCUCUGUGUGCACAUGCUCAAGGCAUGUCUGAUGUCUGAGAGCCAAGAGUGGGCAUAAGACAUCUAAGGGGCCCAGAGUAAGCCAAAAGGGACCCAAGAACACAUGCGAGACUAGUGAGGGACCUUUGGGCCACAUGUAUCCAAAUGCCCCAGGUUCCCACCACAGCAAAAAGAACAUUCUCCACCAACCAGACAAUGAUGCAGGGCAUUUCUGUAUCUAUUAGCUUAACAGGGGGACUGAAGAAACCUGUUGGAUAAGAAGACUAUGAGAUCAAAUGUAUGCAACAAAGUUAACUAUCUCUCACAGAAGGCUGCCUAUAUGAAGAUGAAAAGAAGAAGUGUGGAUAAGCCCUCAAAGCACCAUUUGUUUCAAGAGUAUAGCUGAACUGUAUGCUUUGGGGCAACGAGUGUACAGGAGUGUCAUAUUUAUAGGUCAAAUUAGCAUGAUAACAAUUAAUAUUUUUAACAGUAAUUAUCUCAAACAAACAGUGUUUGUAUAGAAAACAGACAUUACCCCCAAAGACUCCUACAGCUGUAAUUUAACAAACCCAGUUUGUUUUGGAGCCCUCAGUAUAACAGGAUUAUUUUGGCAGUAUAUAGAAAGCACACAGUAAUGUUUCUGACCAAUUCCCUCUUAAAAGGGAGAUGGUAUUAGAUGCUUCAAAAAUAUUCAUUAUGGUGCAUUAUGUAUAUAAAAAGCAAAGACUAUCAUCCAAUUGCAGUUAGUAAAUUCUAAAGGCUUGAUUCAGCCUCCUCUGUCUAAAAGCACUGAACAUGCCUUCCCCUUACACCAGUGUACUAACACAUUGCAAUUUCAUCACAAGCAGCUGCAGAAUCCAAUGCCAGGAAUAGAGUGUGUACAAACAGUUUUGCUAGUUCCAGGUACUUGCAAAGUUUCCCCAACCAUUCUCUUUUUGUUGGGAUGCUGUCUUCUUUCCAAUAGCUAGCAAUCAAAAUUUUUGCCGAUGCUGUCGCGCAUAGAAAUAAGUUAAUUUUAUCUUUUGGGACAUCUUUAUCUAGAAUUCCUAAUAGAUAUGCUUCUGCCUUUUUUGUGUGUGAUGUCCUUAUCAAUUUUUUUAUUUCGUCGUGGAUCAUGUCCCAAAAGGUUUUAAUCUUUGGGCAAGUCCACCACAUGUGGUAUAACGUACCUUUUGUUCUGUUACAUUUCCAACAUUUGUCAUUGUUCCUUUUAUUUAUUUUUGACAAUCUGUCAGGGGUUAAGUACCAUCUGUGGUGAAUUUUUCUGAAAUUCUCCCUUAAUAAAUCACACGCAGUAAAAUUUAUGUUUUCCUUCCAAAAAGUUUUCCAUCUUUCCAGAUCUAUCUCAUAUCCCAAAUCGUGCUUCCAUUUUAACAUGUUUUCCCCUUUCGUCUCUUGUUCUAAGAUGGUUUUCAUUAAUAAUCUAUACAUUUUUGCAAGUAUUUUUUUAUCGCUUUGCAAUAUUUCCUUUUCUAAUUUUGAGGUUUUAUUUUCAAAUCCCCUUUUUUUGUCUUUUUCAUAUGUUGCUUUUAAUUGAUAAUAUUGUAACCAAUUUAUUCCAAAUGUUUGUAAUUGUUCGUAAGUUUUUAAUUUAAUAUUUCCGUCUGCAUCCUCUAAUAUUUCCCUCUAUAUUAUUUCCCUAUAAUCCAAAACUAUGGUUAUGAAGCAAUGGGAGUUCUUAAAUGAUUAUUUACAAAACCAGGGCUCGACUACAAAAAUCUGGUUGUGUUUAGAAUAAUCCUGUGUGUAAUAUAAAAAAUACAAAGUGAGACAUUAAGGAAAUCCAAAGGGAAAAUAUGAAGAACAGAGGUUCUGAUGAACGGAUUAUUAAAAACGUGUGAGGUAAAUGGUGGAAGUCUUUUUUUAAAAAACACACCACACUUUAUUUAAGGUAGAUAAGGACAAGAUGAAAUUAUACAAUUGAAUAUACAAUUAUACAAUGAUACAAUUGAAUAUAUUCUUUCUAUUUUAUGAAAGAAUAUAAAUAUAGAUGGGAAACGGCUAUGUAUUGUGAGUACUUAUCUACUUUAAAAAAUUUCCACCUAUGAUAUUUUUCUUUUACUUCUUUAUUCUUUCUUUGUUCUUUUUUCUUUUUUCUGAUAUCUUAUCUUUCAUUUCACUGCUUUAUUGUGAAUAGCAUUUUAUAGAGGUAUAAAUAACUGUAAAUAUGAAAAGAGACAAAAUAUUCUCUAAGUUUUUUUCCUUGGUUAGAUGUAUUUUCUUUUUCUUUUGUAUUUUGUUGUGAAAAUGUAUGUUUUCUAAUUUGUACUUAAUAAAAAUAUUUUAUUUUAUUUUUAAAAAGAGUACAAACACACAGCUGUAUCUACUAGGCAACUCAGUCAGAUGGGCAAUGUACAAAUAAUAGAUUGUUAUUAAAUUAUUAUUGUUAUUACUUUUUAGAGGGAUUUUGCUUUUCUGUAGCUUAACAUGUACUAUUUUGAUUCUGGUACUCUCAGCAGAUCUGUCACAUAUGAACUACAUGACAUGGAUAUUAGACAUUAAACUUUCCCACUAAUCAAAUAGUAAUUGGGUGAGCUGAAUGCUCCCAAGCAUCAGUUCUUGAGCUGGCUCUUGUGGGAUUCCUUGCUCACCUUCAGAGAUUCUCUCAUCUGUCAUGCGCUGCAUUAAAGAAUGCUCUGGAUUUCUAGUGCAAGGCAGGACAUCACAUACCUGGUCUACUGUCCCACAUUCAAAGGAGACCCCUCUUCACCUCUGUCUUGCUCUCUCCUUUCUGGUCUGCCUCUCAGGGCUCAGAACACAUUGCUGAUAAUUAUUCUACCCUGCCCGGGCCACCAAAAGAAGGCGUGAAUAAAAGUGUCCUAUGCCAACUCAAGAAAAAGUGGAAGCUCAGCUAGGACAGCUACUCAACAGAGGACCAUGCAGUUGCUUCCAAUUUAUGUUCAUUUAUUGGCAUUCCAUUAGAAUUCAUGUGCAUUUGGCAACUGAACUGGUACAUGAAGGCACAAAAAGGUCUUUACUCUGGUGUAUAUUCUACAUUCCGCACUCCGUAGCAGACUCACACUUUUGUCAAUAGCUUUGCACAAUGAACCACUCAUCCUCUCAAUAUUUCAGCAUGAUUUUACAAAGAGUAUUCUUACUGAUGGGGGGCACCUGAGAACAGUGUUCUUCAUCAUUACAUUUACUCUUCUGAACCCACUGCCUACAAUGAAUUGCUGUCACAAUUAGACAUUUAAGAGAGAGACUGCCUGCCUGUAAAUUAUCUCUUGACUUUAAGGGAAGAACCCAGCAGAACCUUGCAUUAUGUAUUAACAGAACUGUAGCAAAUACUUUUUGGUUCCUGCCAACUAUUUUUAUGCUAAUGUAAACACAGAUAACUUACCAAGAAAUGAAACUAAAUGGAUGAGUGAACAGAAUUCAGUGCAUCUUCAGGCUUUAAACUGCCAUUUUAGGGUUUAUUCAAUAACAGAUCAGCACGUUCUUUAAAUUGGGCUCCAAAUGAUUGCAGCAGGUACUCAGCAAAUGGUGUCACUGGAUCCUAAAACUACAGUCCAUUGUAUUUCUGUAUGGAAAAAUCAAUGAAAGUUAGCUUAUUAUUUGUUCAGUUCUGCAUCCAGUCUUGAAACACUGAUAUAUUUUUUCACAACACCUCCUGGAAUACUGUCUUGGCAAUAUUUCAUAUAUGUCAUAGAUUUGAUGUUUAUAGUUUUGGAAAAUUAAUUAUGAAACCACAUUCAUAGUUACUGGAAGUACUGAAGCACAGUUCUUCUUUUAAGAUGUACAUAAAACCCUCAAUAUUCACAAAAGCUGUGGCAAAAUCUUUUCUUGCCAUUUUGUCAUGCAUUAUUUGUAUUGUUGUUACAUAAAAAAAAACUCAUUUACUAAGCAGCACUUUAAUCUCACAAUAGAAAAAGAAAAAAAUAACAUAAUGAUCAGUAAGUUACAAACCAGUGCAAAAGAAUCACAAACCCAUUAAAUGUCAUCAUUCAUAGCUUACAUGAAAUUUAGAAUGUUUCCAAUAAUGCAUGUUAUUCUACAGAAAACAUUUGCACUAUUAAAAAAAAUCAAUAGCUUGUUAUCAGCUUAUUGACCUUCCCUAGUCCUAAUAUAAUUUGUAAAUUACAAUGUCCCAUAUCAUUAGCAACCAACCUGGGUAUAACUGGUUUUUGAAGUUAUAACUGACCUUCAUGUUACAUUAAAAUGAUUGACGGUAUGAAUGAUUCAGGUUUUUCAAGCACACACUUGAUCUUGGGAGAUCAAUUUUUCAAUAGGGAUCACACUUGGAACCAGAAAGAUACUUUGUUUUGCGUGUUGAGUCCCACAAUGCCACCCCUCAAAAAAUUCACACUUCACACAUCAAUUUUUGUUUAAGGUUUUUGGCAUAAUUUUGGCCACAACUUUAUUCAAAAUACAAAAAAUGUGAGUGGUUGCUUAGGCAUUGGUUAUGACUAUCUGUCCUUGCCCUCAGGGACAGAGCUGGCCUUCCGGACACCAACGGAAGCCAGCGUGGGAAACAAGUAUUGGGUGAGAAAAUGAAGCUGGGUAUCAGCCCCUCACUUCUCACCCUCAUGUUCCUGUGGGGCUUGCACGGCCCAAGUCCGAUUCCAGGGACAAGGACGAAAAGAAUGGCAAGCCCCUGGAUUCCUUUAACGGAAUUCCCUUUCCGCAUCAUUUGGAGGGAUAGGCACUUACCCCUCCAAGCACCAAUUUAACCAAUGCCUAACCGCCAUGGAGCCCACAGCUCACCGCCAAACCACUCACAGACCCAACCAAGCCCUCAGCUUGGCCACCACUGCACCCAGCCAAGCCUCAUUCCCUGAGGCAGAAAGAUGCGCGCCAUCAGCUCUGAAAAAGGAUGCAGCCUGAAAAAGAAUCUCAGGAUGGGAAAUCACAUCUCCAUCCAGCUCAAAAAUCUUUUUAGACACCGCAGAAUUGAUGCGCUUCCUGGCCCUUUCAGUGGCAGCUGGGCAACGACUACCCUUCCAAACACGUCGUUGCAAAAGCUUUGACCAAAAUAUUUUUGCUGUCGGCACCACUGCCCGCAGCUUCUCCAGGUCACCCAAAAUUGCAGCACGUAGUGAAAAACAGUCCAUGGAAACCAGGUCGUUCUCACCCAGCUGCACCCCAACAGCAGUGGGCGGCCCUUCCAGCAGCACCUGCCUCCGAAUCAGCAGCAGGAAUUCUGGCUGGCGCAUUCCCCGUCUGGACAGCCAAAGCAACUGCACAUGUGGAGGAAGGCCGAGACCCGGUCCCAAACCGGACUGCCGUGCACUGAUGCUGUGCCCCACCAUCCAGAUGCGGACAGCUGCUAAACCUAAGAUAAAACAAGCAAAAAUUGUAAGACACCAAUAAUGUUAACAAACAUAACAUUUGAAUGCAUUCGAUUUCCAAUGACCUGUAUUUUAUUUCCACUGCCUUAUUAACACGCUUUCCAGCCUUCUCGGUGGUAGUUUGUCUAGGCAUUGGUUCCCGACUAGCUGCACCUGACCUCAGCAGGGCAGCACUGACGACUGGGCCCCACCAUAUCGUCAGUACCAGCAAACAUUGUGGGGGAGCAAUGAAUCCCAAGGCAAUCGCAUCCCGCCAGGUGUCGUUCCCCAUAGGGGAAAGAUGCACCCCAUCUGCCCUAAAGAGAGCAACAGCCUUGAAGAAAAAUAGCAGGGUGCAAUAUUACAGAACCACCUAAAGCAAGGACCUAUUUUAUUUUAUUUGUUAUUUUAUUUUAUUUACUUUAUUUAUUUUAUUCUAUUGUCCACCGCCUUAUUAACAUGUUUCUGGCCUGCUCGGUGGUAGUUUGUCUAGGCAUUGGUUCCUGACUGGCUGCACCUGACCUCAGCAGGGCAGCACUGACGACUGGACCCCACCAUAUCGUCAGUACCAGUAAACAGCGUGGGGGAGCAAUGAACCAGGAUCAGACUCAAGCUCACCCCCAAAUGCUCCCAGGGACUCUUGCGUGCCCCUACCCCUCGAAAGGGGUCGACAAAAGCAUGGUGAAUCCUUGGAUUCCCUUAAUGGAAUAUCUUUGCGCAUUGGAGGGACAGGUGCUCCAACCCCCUCCAGACCACCUUGAACCAAUGCCUUAAAUUAUUUUGAGUCCUGGGAGAGCUGCCAUCAACUCAAUCCAAGCCCUCUUGCAUGCAGGAAUGCAAACUUAUGCUGGAGGAAGACAGCAAACAUUCUCGCCCAGCUGUACCACCAGCACUGCGGGAGGACCUGCACAGGUCACACUCGACCGCACCAAAGGAAGGAUCUGCUCCCAAAGCAUUCCCAUCUGGACAUCCAGUAUAUGUUCACAUGGGCAGGAAGACUGAGAUGGCGCCCCAGUCCAAACUCGUCAACCUGCUUGCCAGCCUAGUGUACAAUGCUGUGGCCCAAAUGUGCACAGCUGCUCCUAUGAAAAAAGGAAAUAACUGACAAGCAUCAGCAAAGACAUCAUUGUGACACUUCCUGAUAUAACCCUUGUCAGCGUCAGACUUCCAAUGACCCGUAUUCACAAUCCUGUCUACUGACAGGCCCCCAGUGUGCAGCCUUUGCAGCAGCACCCAAUCGUAAGGAAUGAGGCGUGUUCAGCGGUAAGCAAGCCGCAGGCCGUAAUAACUGCUGCACGACGUAAGCACAUUGAUGCCUGGCUAACGGGAACCCAUUUUCAUGCACUAGGAGCGGGCCAGCCCCCAGGGGAAUGAAAAGCCAAAUAUUUCUGGUAUCCAUAACCGGGCAAGGGCCCUCCUCACCUGUGGCGGGAAGCCUGAUUGUGGCACUCCUGCCCACUAAGUCUGUUUUAGAGUUCCCAACUCUAAUGACAAGCUCCAAAGGAUAAGGAAAAGUCCUGAAGCAAUAAGCCUCCAGACUCUCAGCCCCAUGCUGGCUCCAACAACCAUUUUCCCAAGCCUCAGUGCGAAAAUGCAAUGGACUACUGAAAGGAGUCUCGCCUUGAUCUUUAACCAGCAGACAAGUUUUAACUUGUUGCAGAUACUGCAUAGGUAAAAAUUGACCGGCUUCCUGCCCACUGUCCUAUGAGGUUGGAGCACUACAAACUUUAUACAAGGGUCUCUGAAAAAUAAAGCUUCAGUGUAACAGACAUUGCAGCGGACUGAAUUCUGAUAGUUAUAACGCACGCCCAAUCUGCAGCAGGUGGACCAAAUACUGCGGAUCUGCUCAGAGGAUGGGGGCCAGUUCAUCUGAAUGGCCGAGGACUGCCAGCUUAAGGCUAAGAAAUCCAUCCAGGCCUUCCCAUAAGAGCUAAAAGCAGAAGGGGAAAUGGAAGCUGCUGCUCUCUGUAAUUACUAAUUGUUGUCAAAAUGCCACAGGUGGUCUGGAAAAGUCUGGCAAUAGCUGAGUCUGGAGCCCAGGAUCUGAAGCACUUCAUCUGAAAAAGGGGUAGAGUGUCAGCGACAUCAUUAGAGGAUCCUGUAAUUUGGAGAGUAGAAAGCACAAUAUUAAACCUUAAGCGGCGCAGCUCGAAAGCAUGAACGGAGGGGCGGAGACUGUGCUAGAGCGUGAGGACUGUUUUGCUAAGACGCUCACCACUACCUGGUUAUCAGACCAAAAGCAGAUCCAAUGGUCACUGAACUCCUCGGGCCACAUGUGAACUGCUACUACAAUGGGGAAAACUCAAGAAAAGUUAUGUCACAUGAUUGCCUCACCACACCGGGCUUGAGGCCAUAGCUUUGCACACCAGCAUCCCUUGAAAUAAAAACCAAAGGGCAAAGAUCCAACAGCACCAGCAUGAACCUGAAAAUCCCUGUGUGGGUUCAAGGUAUCCUGCCAUGGCGAACUCCAGAGAAGCGGACACGGAGCAAUGGAUCCAAACUACAAGAAAGAAGAUUCCACCUAACAUUAGGAAGAACUUCCUGACAGUAAGAGCUGUUCGACAGUGGAAUUUGCUGCCAAGGAGUGUGGUGGAGUCUCCUUCUUUGGAGGUCUUUAAGCAGAGGCUUGGCAACCAUAUGUCAGGAGUGCUCUGAUGGUGUUUCCUGCUUGGCAGGGGGUUGGACUCGAUGGCCCUCGUGGUCUCUUCCAACUCUGUGAUUCUAUGAUUCUAUGAUUCUACUAUUGCAUACAUUCAGGAAUUGCUACCAUCGCCUGAUAUCUGCCUUCACCACACUUGGUAGGCGUACACAAAGGUAAGGGGACCUCAGGCCGCAGGCAGCCUGGCCUAGUGGGAAGAUUAAUUAAGAGACCCAGCAAGAUCGGAUCUGAUGAAGCAUCACUUGCUACAGAGGAAGUAUUACAAAAUAACUUCCUUCAAGGCAGACAGCUUCUCCAUAGGCAAGUGGUAUGUUUUAGCAACGAUAUCCAACUGGAUCCCUAAAUAAAAUGGGAAUAUGGGCAAAAGGUAUUGAGCUAUUGCUUGCCAGCUUCCAGCCCCCGCUUGGGCAGGGGGCAUCUUGUGCCGCCAUCAUGAUAUGUAAAUUUACAGGGCCGAGGCUGGCCAGAACCCUUAAAGAAGUCCCGACAAAGCUGCCGCCGAGCCAGCUUCCUUUUCAGACACACACUCUGUGCAAUGCAAAAACACACUCCAUGCAGUGCACACACACUCCAUGCAAUGCAACUACACACUCCGUGCAAUGCAACUACACACUCCGUGCAAUGCAACUACACACUCCGUGCAAUGCACACACAAACCCUCCGUGCAAUGCAACUACACACUCUGUGCAAUGCACACACAAACCCUCCGUGCAAUGCAACUACACACUCCGUUCAAUGCAAAACACACUCCCUGCAAUGCAACUACACUCCAUGCAAUGCAACUACACUCCAUGCAAUGCAACUACACCCUCCGUUCAAUGCAACUACACCCUCCGUUCAAUGCACACACACUCCGUGCAAUGCAAAAAACACACUCUGUGCAAUGCAACUACACCUUCCAUGCAAUGCAUACACACACACUCCGUGCAAUGCACACACACUCCGUGCAAUGCAACCACACCUUCCGUACAAUGCAACAACACACUCCGUGCAAAGCAACUACACCCUCCGUGCAAUGCACACACACCCUCCAUGCAAUGCACACACGCUCCGUGCAAUGCAACUGCAAAUCUCUCAUGCAAUGCAAUGCAAUUGCAGCCCGUGCAGCGCCGUGCCCUGCAACACACAAACUGCAAUGCGGGCACGCAAAGGUGCUUUCUCCCGCUUGCAUAUUGCAAACGUGGCGCCCGUUACAUCCCUCGCAGUGAGGUAACCACCAAAAGGACUUAAGUGUCCAGGUAGAGCAAUGGGGAGCAUGCAGCUGUCCCAUACAGGGACCAAUCCUGCAACCCAGGCAUUACCAGCACUAUGCGCUGACCCAGUGAAACCAAUGCUUCAUGGACCACAUGGGGACACUAUUCAGGCCGGAAACGCUUCCAGGCCAUUGAAUUCUAGGGCAAAGCCCUAGGAUCACCUGCUAGGCCAGGCAUAAAUGUUUCCAGUGAAAUAGCAGAGUUGAGGUAGCCCACAGCUUGUCCAGGUACCCCUGCUUGUCCUUUUAGAGGGAAGCACCCCUUCAAGAAACCCAAAGUUCUUUUAUCAGAAAUGGGCCGAACUACCCAGCAACAGAAUAGCCCAAAAGGAGCAGUUUGUUUUGUUUUGUUAUAACAAUGGCUAAGAGGGGGAUAUGAACCCUGUCUCCCAGGUCCUAGUCCUACACUUUAGCCACUAAGCCACAAUGGCUUGUCUCUAAAAUGGCAGUCGCCACUAUCAGGGCAAAACAAACUUAAAGAACAUAAACUUGUUCAGAAACAGCAUAGUUCAAGAGCAUAUACAGAGUGCUCAUAGUCCUUGGAGGCACAGGGAGCCUCUGGGGCCCUCUGUCUGCCUCAGAUAUACAUUAGCAGCAACUGGGCCUGCAAGCAGAUACAUUCCUAUAGCGAGAAUGAGUCACGUGUCAGAGACUUAACAAUUAACUGCUACCUGUAGCAGACUUAGGCUUGGAAGUUAUGUGCAGGCCGAAUAGGCCUCCCUGCUUCUGCUCUUGAGAAUCUUAGUCUCAUAGCAAUAUUAAAGGAACUCAAAUUAGUGCUCCCACCCAAGGCUAGCUUAAAAUUUGGCCAACAGCACUGCACACACUCAAAAUAAAGCCAACCUUCGGGGAUAGUAUAAACGAAAAUGAUUCCAGCUAAGCUGGGAACAGCCCUGAUUAGCCCCACAAUUUCAACAAGAGAAAUGGGGCAAACCUUUUUGCAAAAGAAAGCCCCUAACGGGGGCUCUCUCCGUAUUGGGAAAGGCAAGCCACAGUUACAGGGAGAAUCUUCCCACAGGGCAGAGUAAGGGGUGGGGUGGGAAAUCGAACAGGAAAAGGGGGGAAUUAAAUUAUUUAAGGGACUAGAGAGGAUUAAAAAGAAAGGGGAAAUAAAGAAAUAAAGAAAUGUAACCAGACAAUGAGAAGAUUGUCCAAGCGCUCCAUGUGAUCCGGUGCAAAACGGCCAAGAGGACGUCCAACGUCUGGCCCCUGUAUUUAAAGACUCUGACCCCUCCUCCAAAUUGGCAACAAUCAAAACUCCCCAGCAACCCAAUUUUAACCACUUAAAGGCUUGGGUUCCUCACAAAAUCUGCCCAGUAACGGCAGGGUGGCUUGUUCCCCCAACCGCAACACGUGCUCUCUGUUAGGGAGAACACGCUUUCCCACUAUAAUUUUAAAAGACUUCUUAGCAAUUAUUUAUCAUGUCCUUACUGGAUUAUGCAACUCUUUGUUCUCUCUUUAUGUAGCAAAAUCAUCCAUUAUUUAGGCAUCCCAGAUAUUCCUUGUUUAUGUGACAUCAGUGGGGUAUGAAAUCAAUGGGAGCAUACCAUCUUGUUUGACAUAGUUAAGGUUCUUAUCUAGAUUUUACAAAAAAUAACUAUCUGAAUAGGCCUCAGGAUAUAAAUGUUAAGUAAAGCCAGUGAGGAGUGAAACCAUGUGAAGUUAGCAGGAAGUAGCUUUCUCUUUCCUCUGUUAUUACUAUCAAAAAAUGGGACUUAAAUUGCCAUCCAGGGCUGUAGUCUGUUCUUUCAGAAAUCCAACCUCUGAGCUGAAAGUCUUUUGCAUCUCAGAUAAUAUUAUUUCACAUAUUUGUUGCUGGUAGCGUCAUCUCCUGCCUUCACCUGUUCCCUAGAGAGGUGGUUUUCAAACUUCUUAUCUUCAGUGGAUUUUUUCCAUACCAACCUUUCCUACUGGAAACAGGAUCGUAGCGCAAUCACUGAUACAACCUUUCAAUUUUAUUUUAUUUUUAAACCUGGUCCUGUUAGAAAGCAAAAUAUAAGACUAAGGGCUUACACCGUGAAGGCAUUCCUCACAGAGGUGUCUGUGAAUUGGAGAUCAGGUUCAGAGAUCAGACAGGGGUGAUCCCAUAAAGGACCAUGUUGCAGCCUGGGAGUCAUUCUGGACUCACAGCUGUCCAUGGAGGCGCAGGUCAAUUUUGUGCCCAGGGCAGCUGUUUACCAGCUCCAUCUGGUAUGCAGGAUGAGACCCUCCCUGCCCACAGACUGUAUUGCCAGAGUGGUGCAUGCUCUGGUUAUCUCCUGCUUGGACUACUGCAAUGUGCUCUAUGUGGGGCUACCUUUGAAAGGGACUUGGAAACUACAACUAAUCCAGAUGCUUUGAGCUACAUCUUAAAGGGCAGGCAUUUGAAGUUAUCAGAAUGUUUAUAGUCAAUAGCGCCAGUUGUCUCCAGGAUCCUCAGGACCAUCUAAUAGCAUUGGUUAGUUGUAUGUAGUGUGAAGGGGUUUAUUUGUUUGAAUGGUAAGUGAGGGAAUCAGUUCUGUAGUUGCCUACACCCAAACUGCUAAUAUGUCAUGCGACCAUUCAGACAUAAUCCCAAACCGUGGUAUCUGGAAAUGAACAGGCUCAUAUGCACUCACGAAUCUUUCCUCACCAACUUUCCUUGCAUUCUGACAGAAACUGCUGGUCCUGAUCUGUGGCAAAUUGUAGUUUGCCAUUGUGUAUGAACCCAUCAAACUAUGUAUCUAUCUAUCAUCUAUCUAUCGUUUUAUAAUUUUCAUUAUUAUGAUUUCCAAAAUCACAUUCACGUUCAAAUAUACAUUUCCACCGUUAAUAUCUUUCUUUUAAUAAAAACAUUCCAUGACUUCCCUUCUUACCCUUCCCUAGUUCUUUUAAUUUUCCCAGCGUUCCUGAAUAUUCUUAUAUAUCCAUUUAGAUCACUUUCUCCCCUAUUCUUCCUUUAUUAUUCUGUUGACUUUACCUUAAUGCUGCUAGUGUUUUCACUUAUUUGCAAUUAUUUUCCAAAUAUACCACAGUUUUUCCACUCCUCUUUACAUACUUCUUGCUCUCUUAUAUUACUAGUUAGACCUGCUAACCCAUCAAACUAUAAUUUGCACAGAAACCUUAGUUUGCUGGGAUCAGACAAAAUUACAAGCUACAGUUAGCACAAACCAGGAGAAGAAAUUUCUAACCUCAGCUUGUAAGGGGAGGUGGAAGGGAUGAGUGUCUAAGUGUAUUGUGGAUAAAAUUAUGGGCCCUACAUAGAAGCUUUGUGUCUAUAACCAGCAAACAUUAGGGUUGCAUACUCUCUGCAUUUCUAUUUUCCCCCUUCAUCUAAUUUAUUUUCAAGUUAACAAUAUACCAGAAUUCUCAUAUCUGUAAUAUGCAGUUGUAUAUAACAAAGCAAUCAACCUUAAUGUGUAUGUGUGUGCGUUGCUAUUAUCUUGUUACUGAAUAUGCAUCGUAUAAUCAGUUACAAGAUAAUAGCAAUUUUUAAAAAGCUGUAAAUGUUUACAUUUCUGUUGGAGGGAAUGUAGUAAUUAAUGUGCAUAACGACUGGCCCUUGUGGACAUUCACCAGCCUCCCAUAGAAUUGUGCAGAUCAUUCUAUUCACCACCAUAUUGCUUUGUGAGUGCGGAGGGGGCCGCUCCCUGCUUCAAGGCCCUUCUCCAUCUGGCCUAGGGGACGGAGCCCACACUUACCUACAGCUAAAAGGCUCCAGGAGGACAUUGGGACACUGAUGCUGCUUUGUGAGUGUAGUGGGUAUGAGUUACUCGUGCGUAAACUGGUGCCUCUCUAGGCUAAUUAGCCUUGUUAAACCUUUCUGACUGCACAGCCCUUUCUCAUCGUGGCUGCCUCAGUCGCUGGCAGAAUCCGUCAGUGGGCGUUUCUUGAACCGCUUCCAACAUAAAAGUUGUUUGACACCCAGUCUCCUCCUCCUCUCACUGCACGGGAGUCUUCUGCGCAGGGAGGGCGUGGGUAGCGGAGGACCUGUGCCCUCCUCACUGAGGUCCAGUGAAGAGUCCUGGAGCCCUCUCUCCGAUUCCCCCAUCUGCCCCCCUUUAUCCCUGGUGUUGCGCUGAUUUGUUUCCCCCUCUACUGAGCUGUUUCUCCCCCUGCUGCUGGGUCCUUCGCCUGCAUCAUCUAGGAGCCUCCCCUUCGCCUCUCGCUCCGAUGUCAGUUCCCUGACAGUGAGUGUGGAGGAGGCUGCUCCCUGCUGAAAGGCAGCAGCAAGUAGGAAUGUGUACCAACCUCCCUGCUGCACCAAGGAUUCCCUGGCUAAGCUGCUUCAGGUCGUGGCGGAAGUGCUCCUUGAGACACUUAGUUUGAUUGUCCAUGGGGAUUUUAACAUCCAUGCCGACAUGACCUUACAAGGGGCCGCUUGGGACUUCAUGGAAAGCAUGGCCUCCUUGGGGCUGUCCCUGAAUAAGUUUGGCUCAACUCAUAGUGCGGGCAUGCCUUAGACCUGGUGUUCAUCUUUAUGAAUGUGGGUUAUCUGACACUAAGUAAAAGUGAAACAAAAGAAGUGCCAUAGUCAGAUCACUUCCUGGUGCAACUGGACUUCUCCGCAACCCUUCCCCCUGCAGGGAAGUGGGACCGAUUUGGAUGGUCCACCCCCCACCACUUAAUGGAGCCAAAUGGUUUCCAGAGAGUGGCAGGGGAUAUUUUAUCCCAGGUUGAUGGCCUUUCAGCUGAUUCCCUGGUGACCCGUUGGAAUGCGGAGUUAACCAAGGUUAUCGACUGUCUGGCUCCAAAGCACCCUGUCUGAUUGCAUGCAGCCCGGACAGCCCCGUGGUUUCCCCUAGACCUGAGGGCAAUGAAGCAAUCAUUGAGACAUCUGGUGGUGGAAAACUCAUUCUGAAUUGGACCGGACACGGGUUAGAGCUCAACAUCAAGCCUACCAAGUGGUGAUGGGGACGGCAAAGAGGACCUUCUUCACUGCCUCUAUUGCAUCUGUAGAAAACAGCAGCAGGAGACUUGCAGGUGGUUCGUAAUUUAACGGAACCACCUUUGCCAUCGGGGCCCAGUAAGGACCCCUAGAUCUCCUGCAAUGAUACAGAUAAAGUUUACAGAUAAAGUUGCUCAGAUUCAGAAAGAGGUAGACUCCACCAUGGGAGCAGGGCCAGGGCGGGAGAGUGCUAGAGUCCUGUCUAGUCAAGUUGUGUGGCAUCAAUUCCAGUCUGUUACCUCUGAGGAUGUGGACAGGCUGCUUGGACAAGUAAAACCGACCACCUGUCUCAUUGAUCCUUGCCCAUCCUGGCUCAUAAAAUUGAGAUGGGAAGGGCUGGGUAAUGGGCUCUGCAGGGUGGUGAAUGCUUCCUUCUGUGAGGGAGCCUUUCCAGACCCACUGAAAGAGGCGGUUAUUAAACCACUUCUUUUAAAAAAAAACAUCUUUGGACCUGGAAAAUAUGGCCAACUAUCGCCCAUUCUCAAGUCUUCCAUUCUUGGGCAAGGUGAUUGAGCGGGUGGUUGCUGAACAACUCUAGGCAUGCCUGGAGGAUGCGGACCAUUGGAUCCCUUCCAGUCGGGAUUCAGGCCUCAUCAUGGGUCUGAAACUGCCUUGGUCGCACUGGUCGAUGAUCUCCGGCGGGCUGAAUCAUCCAGUUCUGCUGGAUCUCUCAGCAGCCUCUGAUACCUUUGACCAUGACAUCCUUCUGGACCAUCUAGAGGAGCUGGGAGCUGGGGGCACCAUUAUACAGCCGUUCUGCUCCUUCAGAAAGUGGUGUUGGGGGGUGAGUGUUCGGACCCCUGGGGUCUCACUUGUGGGGUGCCUCAGGGUUCCAUCCUCUCUCCCAUGCUUUUUAACAUCUACAUGCAACCGCUGGGAGAGAGCAUCAGGGGAUUGGGCUGGGUGUUCAUCAGUAUGUGGAUGAUACCCAGCUCUACCUCUCUUUUAAAUCAGAACCAGUAAAGGCGGUGAAGGUCAUGUGUGAGUGUCUGGAGGAUGGAUGGCGGCUAACAGAUUGAGGUUGAAUCCUGAUAAGACAGAAGUACUGUUUUGAGGGGACAGGGGGCAGGUGGUUGUGGGGGACUCCCUGGUCCUAAAUGGGGUAACUAUGCCCCUGAAGGACCAGGUGUUCGGGAAAAGUCAGAAGCCAAAGGCAGUAUAAGUUUCUCAACUAACUGACGUCGAGGGAUAUUUGCUCUCUGCUGAGAACUCCUUUCAAAAUGAGUGUUUUAAGGUUUUUGACAGAAUUAUCUCUGAAAUUAAAAACAGAUCUCAGAUAUAUGGUACUGUUUCAUCAGAUUUCAGUUUUCUGUCAGGGAAAGUUUUAAAUGAAAGUCUAACAUCCCAUCUUGAAAAAUGUGCUGCAGAUUUUGGUACCAAGUACAGCCAAGACAAUGAUACAGUGGAACUGGUACCUGGAGGAGCUUCUUUCAAAUUUCAAGCAGCAGAACUACUUGAAAACAUUGGCACAGCUUCCCAUUUAGAUAUGUUGAAAUGUAUAGCCAAGUAUGGGUUAAGAGAUGUUUAUCCUUAUAUCGAAAUAGCACUGAAAAUAUUUCUCACUAUGCCAGUAAGCGUAGCAUCUUGUGAACGUAGUUUCAAUAAAUUAAAACUCAUAAAAAACUACAGUGGUACCUCUGGUUAAGAACUUAAUUCGUUCUGGAGGUCCAUUCUUAACCUGAAACCAUUUUUAACCUGAGGAACCACUUUAGCUAAUGAGGCCUCCCGCGCAAUUUCUGUUCUCAUCCUGAAGCAAAGUUCUUAAUCCAAGGUACUAAUUCUGGGUUAGCGGAGUCUGUAACCUAAGUGUUUGUAACCCGAGGUACCACUGUACUUAAGAUCAAGUAUGAGUGAAACCAGACUAAAAAUCUAGCAAUCUUGUCCAUCGAGUAUGAAAAAACAGACUUUGAUAAAAAAUUUACAGAGUUUUCUUUGAUUAAAGAAAGAGGAAUAAAGUUCUAAUCACAUCAGAUUUCAUUGAGGAGAUUGCUACUUAAAGCCAGAGUUGGCUUAACUCUACUUUUAUUUAUUUUUUCCAAAUGACAACUCUUGUGAAUAAGAACUUGUAACUUGUCACUUGUGAAUAAUAAUAAUUUUUCUUACUUUAUAUCAACCAAAUAACACAGAUAUUGUGAAAGUAAUGCCAUUUUACAUCCUAUAGUAUUAUAAUAUAAAGUUAUCAUUGUGGACCAAAUCACUAUGAUAUUGUUUGUAUGUUUUAUUUAGGCCUAUCUGUGUAUUGUUUUACAACUGAAUUACAUUUUUAAAAACUGUCAACUCACAUCAAAAUGUCAUUUUCUUUGCUGAAACCUUUUAUUAAGAAAUAAUAAAUUUAAUAUUGGAUUUUCUGUGAAAGUAUUCAUUACAAGGUGAAGUGUGUGAGAAAUUGAAUGGGUGGAGUGGGGUUAGAGGAGAGGCGGAAAGAAGAGCUACCGUAUUUUUCGCACCAUAGGGCGCACCGGACCAUAGGACGCACCCAGUUUUUAGGGGGGGAAAUCAAGAAAAAAAAUAUUUGAACAAUCUACCUAACAAUACUAUACUAGCCACUAUGGGUGUGGAAUACCUGUACACCAGCAUCCCACACAACAAUGGAUUACAAGCUGUAAGGAACACCAUUUCAGAUAAAACCACAGUGGACUUUGCUACCAAACUGCCAUUUUGUCCUCACCCACAACCACUUCAGAUUUGGAGAUGGCCUGUUCCUUCAGAUCAGCGGCACAACAAUGCGCCCCCCGCAUGCCCCCACAGUAUGCCAACAUCUUAAUGGCAGAUUUGGAACAAUGCUUCCUAAACUCUUACCCACUUAAACCUCUCUUGUACCUGCGAUACAUUAAUGACCCUGGACACCUUCCACCAGACAUUCAAUGACUUUCACCCCACCAUCAACCUAACAAUGAACCAAUCUAUGCAAAAAAUACAUUUUUGGCCACUACUAUAAAAAUACAGGAUGGGCGCAUAGACACCACCUUAUACCAAAAACCAACUGACCAACAAACAUAUCUACACGCUUCCAGCUACUAUCCCAAACAUACCAAACAAUCAGUUGUAUAUAGCCAGGCUCUAUGUUACAGCCGCAUCUGUUCCAACUCUACAGAUAGGGAUUCUCACCUAAGAGAUCUACAGCAAACCUUUUUGGAACUAAAAUAUCUGCCCGAUGAAGUUAAACAAUAGAUCAACAAAGCCAGACUGAUACCCAUAGAGAACUUGCUGCAAGACAGACCCAAAAGAGAAAAUAACAGAACAUCACUGGUAAUCACAUACAGCUCCCAAGUUAAAACAGUUCAAUGCAUCAUCAGAGAUUUACAGCCUCUUCUAGACAAUGACAAUUCUCUUUCUCAAGCUCUGGGAGGAAGACCUUUCAUUGCCUACAGCCAGCCACCCAAUUUUAAACAACUACUCACCCACAAUAAUACAGCAACCAGACUUAACAUGGACAUUGGUACCAGAGCCCACAAUAAACCCAGAUGCCAACUUUGCUGGCACAUACACCCAGAAAACACCAUGCCUGGACCCAACAACAUAAAAAUACCAUCUCAGGCCUAUUUAAUUGCUCAUCUUCUAACAUUGUGUAUGCCACCAAAUGCCAUAUUGGACAAACAGGCCAAACCCUACGCCAAAGGAUAAAUGGACAUAAAUCAUAGCUGUCAACCUUUCCCUUUUUUAAAGGUAAAUUCCCUUAUUCCAAAUAGGAUUCCUCACAAGAAAAGGGAAAAGUUGACAGCUAUGACAUAAAUUUGACAUCAGGAAUCACAAGACAGAGAAGCCAGUAGGAGAACACUUCAGUCUCCCAGGACAUUCAAUACAGGACCUCAAAGCAGCUGUCUUAUUACAAAAGAAUUUCAGAAAUAGACUUGAAAGAGAAGUUGCUGAAUUACAACUUAUUACUAAACUGGGAUGCGGGUGGCGCUGUGGGUAAAACCUCAAUGCCUAGGACUUGCCGAUCGUAUGGUCGGCAGUUCGAAUCCCCGCGGCGGGGUGAGCUCCCAUCGUUCGGUCUCAGCUCCUGCCCACCUAGCAGUUCAAAAGCACCCCGAAGUGCAACUAGAUAAAUAGGUACCGCUUUAUAGCGGGAAGGUAAACGGCGUUUCCGUGCGCUGCGCUGGCUCGCCAGAGCAGCUUAGUCACACUGGCCACGUGACCCGGAAGUGUCUUUGGACAGCGCUGGCUCCUGGCCUCUUAAACAAGAUGAGCGCGUAACCCCAGAGUCGGACACGACUGGCCCGUACGGGCAGGGGUACCUUUACCUUUACCUUUACUAAACUGAAAACUAUGGAGAGACCUGUUCUGAAUAGAGAUAUUGGAUUCUUGUCUCAUUAUGUAUGCUAAAGCUAUUUUUGGUCAUCUGCAUACUAUUCCUUGCUUUUUCCUGUAGGACUAAUUGCAGUUGUUAACAGUCGUCAACAGGUCGUCAUACCCAUUGAGUCAAGCACCCAUUGUGGUGUAGUGGUUAAGAGCGGUGGACUUGUAAUCUGGUGAACCGGGUUCACUUCCCUGCUCCUCCACAUGCAGCUCCUGGGUGACCUUGCGCUAGUCACACUUCUCUGAAGUCUCUCAGCCCCACUCACCCCACAGAGUGUUUGUUGUGGGGGAGGAGGGAAAGGAGAUUGUUAGCCGCUUUGAGACUCCUUAGGGUAGUGAUAAAGCGGGAUAUCAAAUCCAAACUCCUCCUCCUCUUCUCCUCCUUCUCCUUCUCCUUCUCCUUCUUCUCCUACUACCAUUCUGAGAAAAACCCCACCCCACCUUCCCACUAUAUAUAAGGGUCUGGUGACUUCUCUUUCAGUGUAUCUGAAGAAGUGUGCAUGCACACGGAAGCUUAUACCCAGAGCAAACUUAGUUGGUCUCUAAGGUGCUACUGAACAAUUUUUACAAAUUUUAUUUUUUCCGUUCUCUGUGAUUCCAGUGUUGAUUGACUCUAUGCUGCUAUGGAGAGUUUUUCCUAAGCUUCAAGACAGCAUAGGGGACCAUUUGUAUCAGGACAGUGGGAGGGAAGGUUUAAAAAGGGAUGAGAUUCUAAAUGCAGUCAGAUGCAACAAUAAUAUCUUCUUCCACAAGGAGGGUGUGGCGUUUGCCCUCCUAGGUGGGUCAUAAGGAAAGGGUUAAAUGAGUGUGAAGUGAUUGGCCAGUGGAAACCCAAGGGGAGGAGUUAGAGUUGGAGUUGGAGUUGUUAGGAGUUAGUUGGGAGUUGGAGAAGGAAGAGGGAGGAUAUGUCUGUGGGUUGGUCGAGUUGUGUUGUGAGAGAGUGAGAGAAACUGAUAGGAGGAGUCAGAUAGACAGCAGUUAUUAGGAAAGGUAUAGGCCGGUAUAGAAACUAAGAUUAAGAAACUGACAAGAAAAAUUAUCUGAAACCAUAAACUUGUUAAGGCUUUUAAAAUAAACUUGCUUAUUUGAUUUAAUGUUAACAACUGUCUGGACUCUGUGUGUACCCGAGAGAAACGGGUUGGUGGCAGCGGGAAAGCAAUCACAGUGGUGGCACAGGGAUCAAUAGACUGUCAAACGUCCGGGGACCCUGUGUGAUAGCCACAGAGGGUAUCAUACGUUUGUUUCCGAUGAGCUCAGAUUUUUCUUUUUAAUCAUGCUGACGAGCACAAGCCAUAUGGAAUCAAGGUUGGGGAUUUUCAGAACUGAAGCAAUCACCUGAAAACUGAGAGAAUGUGAGAAACAUAAGCUCUGUACUCAUAUUAAAAAGCCUAAAUUAGUCAGUUAGAGACCAAUGGUAAUUCAGCAGGUGCAAGAUUCCAACCAUUUCAUGACAAAACCAACAGGUUGAUUUUCUUGGGAGACACAUUGUCUUAGUUUUGAAAACUAUAUUAUUAGAAUUGUAUAAGUUAAACAGAGAGCCAUGGAAUCUUGCAGAAGAGCAGAGGCUUCCACCCUGCUGGGAUACUGAGGAGAGACGCAGGAAUGGUCUGCCUUGUUUCACUGGAAAGAUAAACCUAUGGCCCUCUUUAAUUAAUGAAUAGAAGAUAUGACAACUCUUGCAACAAAGAUUGAUAAAAGACAGAUUGUGUAUGGACAAAUAUAAUGACAUUUGAAUACUAAAAAAUAUAGUCAGUUAUAAAUAAAUGUAAUGUAUUGGAGUAAUAAUUUCACUUAUAUACCUUUGUACUAGGCAAGUAAGUACAGAAUUGCAGGUUUUUUUAUUUUUAUACUUUUUAUACACUUUCUGUUUCCUUUUAAUUUCUUCAAUUUUUUUCAUUUAAUUGAAAUAUUUUCAAUCUAUAUGGAAUAUUCUGCCUAUGAAGAUUGGUGGGAGAGACUAGCCUAUUUACAGUUCAGUGUAGUGUUUUAGUCUACAGGCAAUCAGAUGGCUCUCUAAGCACAUUGAAGUGGUUUUAAAGUUUUGCAGCCUGAACCUUUGCAUAUGUAAGCUAAGAAUUCAAAGAGUUGCUGCCUUAGCUUGCUCCUGCCUGGCUAUUCUAAUGCUCUCUGCUCAAUAUGGCCCACCCAUUAGCCCCAGACUGGGGAGAGCAGCGAGGGGCUGUGGUUCCCAAAAGAGAGGGGCACCUCACGUCCUUUGCCACUCCUCCUUUUGCUACAGAGAGGAGCGGCCGCUGUCCCAGUCGUCCCCUGAGUGGGAAGGUGCUGACACCUGUUACUCUCUGGCUUUUUUUCUCCCACUCCUUGCAGUGAACUGGGUUUCCCCCAUGCUGCCUCCAGUCAUCUCAGGUGGCGGCAGUGGCCGGAGGCAUGCGUGGCACCAUUUUCGGAUUUGCACCAAGCAGCGAAAUGUCUACCCUUCUGUCACGGUAGGCUUUUUUUGUUUUUUUAAGAGAAAGUUUGCAAACAGCGGUGCUUGAUGAAGAGUUGCUUUUUAGGAUUAGUUUAUAUUUAGGAAAUGUUUGGAGUCCUACUUUUUGGGAAUUUUCUAGGGAGAGGCUGGAUAAAGCAGCUGCUUCUGAUGGUUUAAAUAUUGACUAUCCUAUAAACCUGGGACGCGGGUGGCGCUGUGGGUUAAACCACAGAGCCUAGGACAUGCCUAUCAGAAGGUCGCUGGUUCAAAUCCCCACGACGGGGUGAGCUCCUGUUGCUCAGUCCCUGCUCCUGCCAACCUAGCAGUUUGAAAGCACAUCAAAGUGCAAGUAGAUGAAUAGGUACCGCUCUGGCGGGAAGGUAAAUGGCGUUUCCAUGCACUGCUCUGGUUCGCCAGAAGCAGCUUAGUCAUGCUGGCCACAUGACCCGGAAGCUGUAGGCUGGCUCCCUCGGCCAAUAAAGCGAGAUGAGCACUGCAACUCCAGAGUUGGUCAUGACUGGACCUACUCUGGGGCCCCUUUACCUAUCCUAUAAACGGGUGGCACUGUGGUCUAAACCACUGAGCCUCUGGGGCUUGCCAAUCAGAAGGUUGGCAGUUCGAAUGCCCGCGACAGGGUGAGCUCCUGUAGCUCGGUCUCAUGCUGGCCACAUGACCCGGAAAAACUGUCUGCAGACAAAUGCCGGCUCCCUCGGCCUGUAAAGUGAGAUGAGCGCCGCAACCUCAGAGUCGUCAACAACUGGACUUAACUGUCAGGGGUCCUUUACCUUUUAUCCUAUAAAAUAGCCAGCCUCUAAAGCAUCAGAUGGCACUCCACUUUUUGAUUCCAGUGAGAACAACACAAUUCUAGGAAUAUGAGCAAAAUCAUUUUUCCUUCUUAUAGUAAACCAGGUGUCCUGUGUGUGGAUUCACUCUGGAGAGACCGAAAUGGAGCAGAAAGACACAGUGGGUCUCUGAGGUGACCCUAUAGGCAUGCUGCAUAAUCUUCAUUAAAUAAAAAAUAAAGACAAAAUAAAGAAAAGCUUCCCCCUCUCCUCCCAAUUGUUGCCUUUUUAACAGUUAAAUAUUUCAAGGUUCUGCAGUUUUGUAAGAUCUAUUAAUGGGACUCCACUCCACUGAACACAUCUGAUAUGUAUUUAAGUAAUAAUGUUUCACAAAUUUGCUUCUGAAAAAAAUUAUAACUGUAGCCGUUCUUUAAAGUGUAAGUCUUUGACAGAUAUCACAUAGAACAUAUUGCUAUUUUACAACCACUGAAGACCCUUCUGGUAGUUUUCUCGUAUGUUUUGGAUGAAGAAGUUAAGUAAAAUUACAAGAAUUAAUAUUUUUUGGUACUAAUCAUAGCCUGAAUGUUAAUGACUGAAUACUUGUGGAUAGUUACAGUUUGGGGAAUGUUAAUAUUACCUUGCUAUGUAAAGGUAUAAUCAGAUGGUGAUGAUGAUAAUAGUAUUUGGGGGGAUGGGACAUUUGCCACUAUUUGUAAAAAAAAACGCUGGAUCAGGACAACAGCAAAUGGAGGAGCAGACCCUGAAUGUUUUGGUUUUGACAGUUAUCCCACCCAUGAAUGAACAAAUUCUAGUGGAUCAUAAUGCAUGCAAUUUGCCUUCUCCCUUCCCUUUUUUGUGUGUGGACAUAUUAAUUACAAGAAUGCAUAUGUUUGAAUGUGCAUCAAUUGAUCUUUUGGGGUGUCAGUCACAUACACAGAAUUUAUUCCCAAUUUAUCCCCAAGACUUCUCCAUUUAAUCCCAGACACUCUGUAUGAACAUUUCCACAUCAAAAUGGCUUCCUUCCAGUGUAGACAACUCUGAUCCGAAACAUCCAGUAUCCUGAAUGCCAAGCAUUUCGGCAUGUGGGGAUUCCAGAACCCUGAGACUUGUGGGAAUGUUGUGGGUAACAGGAGAGGAUAUAUUGAUUAAUAUUAUCCUUCCUAACUCGCGCUAACAAGUUUCUUCAUACAGCAGAGUGCAUUCCCCUAUCACACAGCAGGAAGCUAGUUGCAGAUUCAUUAGAAUCUCUUAAGUUCUAUUAUUCCUGGUAAGACCUUUUAUCCCUCCUAAAAGAAUAAAGACACAACAGUCUUAUUAAUAAGUAACAGAAAGCAGUUUACUUGCGAUCAGGCACAGUACAGUGUGAUCCCUGAAGGUAAGUUUUAGCCUUAAAGUUACAAAUAUGUACACCCCAUAUGGGAGAUUCCCCAUGGACUGCUGGUUGAGAGCCAACAAUACAGUCCAGGGGAAGCAGGAAGCAGAAAAAGGAAGAAGGAGGGAGGUGGCUACAUGACUUGGCCUUUUUACUAGGUCUGGAUAGAUCAUGCCCACCUACUAGUCACAUGCAAAGGAAGGGUGCUCCAGCCAGGUGUAACAGGAAGUUCAACUGGCUGGACCAACAUCCCCUGCAUGUCCACUCUAGCAAUACAGGUAAUGUUGUACUUGACUGCUCUAGUGGAUUAUAUCCCACAAGACUGGCACGUCAAACUUGUGAAACUAUUAAACAAUAAUAGGAAUAUUAAUGUGGAAAAGCCGGCAGAAGGUUGAAACAGAAUGCAAAAUAAACCAGAGCAUUGUAGCUCUAAAAAUAGGACUAAUCCUAGCCUAUGCAUUACAACAUAGUUGUUUUGGUCUACUUACAAGUAGGUAGGGCAAAAUAUGGGACAAGUCAGGAGGGGGGAAUUGGGGAGCUAAAAAUGACUUUACCUGGUGUAGAAAUGACUUCAAAAUCAUCCAUUACAGUGUUUUUUCCCCAAUGCUGGCCAUACUCAUAGAGACCCAAUGAAAUUUAUUGAUCUAAGUUAGCAAUGCACAUUAAUUUCAGUGACUCACAUCCUCCCCACCUGCUGAAUUUCUGCGUGUCAGAAGAAUGGUAAAUGAAGAAACCCAUCCAAAAAGAGAAAGAGGGGUGAGGAUAGCAAUUCCAUGCAGCUGCUAAUGCCACACACAUUCACACACAUGCAUCACAGUCAGACAAGUUCAUCUAGUGGGUUACAUGUGUGCUUCAUUUUUGGCCCUGUCCUUUAUAAAAUAUUUUGCAUCAAUUUAUUUAAAUAAGUAAAAAAACCAACCAUUUUAAGGCUUCAAUCCUUAUUUGAAAAUAAAUUCAACUGAACUAAUUGGGACUUAUUUCUGUUUUCAAAGGCUCAGGCUUAAAGUGAAUUUAGGACUGUGACAGUUUCUUGCAAGGGAGUUUGAGUCCUCAUCUGCAGUACACAUUUAAAGCACUUUUAGAAGCUAUUGGUUUUGUGGGGGAGGAGUUUUCUUUGGUACCUAAAGAAUAGGUUUGCAAUAUCCACCUUACCCCUCCAUAAAGGAACAGGGUCAGGGAAGCACGUAAAAGCAACGAGGACCCACGCAGCAGCCUAGCACCCCCCGCUUCCCUGGUCUGCAGGAAAGGAACUGCCAGCUUUAAUGUGAGACACACUGGGGGGGGGGGUGCGCAGGACCCUCAUGCCGACCCUCAUGCCGGCCAGCUUCCCCUCCCCUCCUCUGUUCCUCCCCAAUGCCAACCAUUCAAAGCUUUCUCAGUCCCGCCCCUACAAUUCCAUCCCCAAAUGUGUCACUCACUGGAUCUAGUGAAACAGAGAGGGGUAGAGUAGGGAAAGGAAAGCGAGAGAGGAAGAGAACACAGGGAGGCAGGCAGGCAGGAGGGAGGCAAGUGCGCAGGUACAGUAGAGAUGGGAGGGAGGGGGGUGCUGAGCCCAGCGCUCACUUCCGCAGAGGAGAAAGAGGGAAGAGAAGAAAGCGAGGCAGAAAAAUGUGACAAACUGCAUCCCUUGAGGGACGCUGCAUUUGUACUUGGAAUAAGGGGCAAUUCCUUUAUUACAAGGGAUAGGUGGCAACCCCACAAGUAGGCAACAGAGAAAUUUCUUCUUCAUAGAAAGUCCAUUCUGGAUGGCUGAUGAUGAGAGGGAGCAAUGCUGCGAGGGCAUCUCUGCUUCAAAAGUCUCCUCUCUCUCUUUCUGCCCAUGGAGAUCCAGAGGCCUUCAGUCCCUCACAUCUCUCAGCCCCCCUUUUGCAUUGGAAGAGACUGGCAGGAACGUAGUGACAGCUUGAGGAAUGGUGGGGCAGAUCAGGGCCUUUCUUCAGAAGAUUUGGAAAACAUAUGGAAAACAUAGUUGGAGCCCCAGUUUAUGCUUGGGAGAAUAAAAUAGCAAAUGUUAUGUUGGGAAUGGCCAUAAGUAUUAGGGUCAGUGAUUAGUCCUACUUGCAUCUAGCAAGUUACUCAGAUGCCUUAGAAUUCAUUAUACGCUGGAUAAAUCCCCAAUAGAGAACACUUCCACCUCUCGUACUGCUUCUUUUUCUAUUCCUGUUCUCCCCACCCCUUGCCAUCUGCUCUGCUUCCCCGCUCAGAACAAAGAGGACUGUGAAGACCAAAUGUCUAGCCAGCUCCCCAGCCGCCACCCGCUGCGGUUCUGUGAAGUGUCAUUGCCUCAUGGGUCACAGCUUGUUUCUGUGGAAGAAAUCAUAGAACUCAGGAUGUCCUUAAUUCUAUUUCUGGUUUUUACAUGAGUUCUUGAGUGAGCUCUAAAUGUUCUGGAGUUAAUUAAAUUCCCAUUUUUGUUAAAUGGAUGCUCUCUUCUCCAGAAAAAUUUGCUUUCUUCAAGCUGCUGUCUUUACAGAUUUUCAUUCCAUAUUCCAAUUGAUUUUUGCAAAAUUUGAUUUUAAAAUGUGUUGAGUCAUCAUGGGUGAGCACCUCAAGCUUGAAUUGGAUUGUUUUAGAUUAAGGGCAGAUUAAGGCAAGCUAUUACACAUUCCAAAUUGGGAGUUUAAUCUUUGUCAAGCCAAAUUGAUUUACACCCCACCCCACUGAAAUCUGGGAUGCAGUGGUAUCCAAUCUCUUAUACUUUCAUGAGGGCUGGGCAGAUCACUCUAUUUCCAGCUCAUGCUAGUUGUGCAUGUGUCCUCAUUUCCACAGUAAUCUGUGGGGUGUUUUCUUAAAAUAAAAUAAAUUUAAAAAGUGAAAUUCAUAUGUACGGUAAAUAGAUAGGUAUUUUACCUCAGUGUAAUGUUUCUACAUGUAUUUUAUCUUAAGUGCACAUUUAAAUGUAUGUAAAAAUUUACAUUUUUGAGCUGAGAGCUGAAUCGUAAAAUUCAGAGAAUUUAAUUAUAAUUUUGUUCUGAUCCAAGCAUAAGUCCUGGAAGUGCAGGUUAAAUUAGUUCACUUUGAAAUGCAGACUGGACAAAAAUCUCCCUCGUCCUUACUUCCAGCACCACCAGCCCUCCAGCCAACAUCCCCUUCCCACCUGGGAGUCUGAAAGUUCUUCCUUCUUUCUUUUCCAAGCAGCUAGCUGACUACUGUUCUACUGGUAGGAGGAGGCGAGUGACAAGUGGGAGGGAGGGAGACAUCUUCCCUUCCAGUGUUUGUAUGCUGCUCUGUAGCAUGCUGGGUACAAGAAGACCCGGGAAAGGCAGUUCUGACAGAUGCCUUAAUUUUAUUGUUUGUUUGUUUGUUUAUUGCUUGCUUGCUUGCUUGCACUUAAUACCCCAAACUUAAUCACUUUCAGGAUCCCAGGGUGGGUUGCAAGAAAAAAACAUACAAUAUAAUCAAUAUUGAAGCUAUCACAAUAGUUCAAUUAAAACAACAGAUUCACAGCAGACAGUCUAUGACUCAGCAUGAAAUCCAUUCUAUAGCAAUCCUCCAGCAGCAGUCUACAGCUCAGACUUAAAAUCAGACAUAGUUGCAUUUUGGUCCAUUGCUCACCAACAUUCAAUAUUCUUUGUGAUCUGGAUGUCAGUGGAGGAGGAGAUCUAGCAAAAGAGAGACUGUCCAGCUUCUGGGCAACUGCAGCAGUGUUUGGCUCCUCUCUGUGCUUACACUGAGACCCUUGGGACCCUGCCCUGUCCUGGAACGGCUUUCUUAUUCUGACCCCCCCAUGUUCACUCAAACCUCCUGCUUCUAUCACCUCCCAGUUUGUCCCUUCCACAGACCGUUCCUCAGUGUCCUACCACCACUGUCCCAGGUCUAAAUCUUCCUCUGUGUCAUCCCUGAGGGUUCUUGGGCUGGCGUCUCCCACAGCUCUUAAUCACCCAACCAGUCUCUGAUAGUGUUGUUGUUUAAAGAGCCACUUCCACCCCUUUCAGCAUUCUGUGUCCAGGGCGGCUAUCUGCUAGCUCCAUGUUGUGUGCCAGCUGAGGUUCUACCUGCCUGCGCACUGUUUCGCCUGAGUGGUACAUGCUCUAGUUAUCUUCUACUUAGACCACUGCAGUGCUACCUUUGAAGGAGACCUACAACUAAUCCAGAAUGCAGUAGCUAGACUGGUGACUGGGAGUGGCCUCUGGAACCAUAUAACACCAGUCCUAAAAAACCCUACAUCGGCUCCCAGUACAUUUCUGAGCACAAUUCAAAGUGUUGGUGCUGACCUUUAAAGUCCUAAAUGGCUUUGGUGCUGUAUACCUGAAGGAGUGUCUCCAAUGCCAUCUUUCAGCCCAAACACUGAGGUCCAGCUCUGAGGGCCUUCUGGCAGUUCCCACACUAUGAAAAGUGGAUUCACAGGGAACCAGGCAGGAAGCCUUUUUGGAAGUGGUGCCUGCCCUGUGGAAUGCUCUCCUGUCAGGUGUCAAAUAAUAUUAUUAUUAUUACUGCUAUUACUAUUACAGUCGUACUUUGGAAGUAGAAAGGAAUCUAUUCCAGAAGUCCAUUCGACUUCCAAAACGUUCGGAAACCAAAGCACGGCUUCAGAUUGGCUUCAGGAAGCUCCUGCAGCCAAUCAGAAACCUCGGAAGCCCCAUAAGCCGCAUCAGAUGUUCAGGUUCCAAAGAAUGUUUGCAACUGGAACACUCACUUCUGGGUUUGCGGCAUUCGGGAUCCAAAAUGUCUGAGUACCAAGGCAUUUGGGAUCCAAAGUACAACUGUACUAUUAUUUCCUCUCCCUUCUCACUAUGCUCACUGUACUCAAACUCUUCCCUGUUCCACUCCUCAGCUGCCUCAUGUGAGACAGAUGAAGUGGAAGCCCCAGAUAUUCCCUAGUACUUUAUUAAAACCUUUGCUAUUGUUUAAAACCACAGUUUUUCUCUCCGUUUCCUCCAUCCAUAUUUUACUCAAUCUUCUUCAGUUGUUUUAAUGUCCCCUGCUCCUUUCUUCUUUCUGCCAUUUGAUGGGCAUUGCAGUUGUGCAACCUGCCUUCAUUUUUACUCGCUACCCCACCCAGACUUCAUGCAAAUCCAGGGUUAUGAUGUGACACUACAAAAUGAGCUAAAUGUGGAUUGUGGAUGGUGUUAUAUAUAUAGAUAUAGAGAAAAACACUGAUUAAUAUGGAUUAAUAUGGAAAUGGUGUGAAACAGAAUUAUGGAAAAGUGACUGGGGCCAGAAAUACCUAUGAUGCCUAGCAUUUGGCUAUACUCAAGUAACCACAGGGAAAUACUGACAUUUCUAUAGUCCUUGGGAAAACAUUCUACAGGUGCUACUAGAUGAGGGAAAAGAGCAAGGACUUUCUUCCCUCUUCCUUCAUUGGAAUUGGCUUCUUGAUAUUGACAUGGAGGUAAUGCUGCUAUAGAGACACACAGCAGUUGUUCUUCUUCUUUGGUGAUCACUGGUAGUUGAGUAAGAUUGUCUUUCAUGAACAUGGUUUUAACAGUGAGUCUAUACAUGACUAUGGAGGCCAAUGCUGGAUCCACUCGUCCUUCCACAGUGGGGACAUAGGUUUCUGGGUAGGGUUGAUCAAGGUGAGGGUUUCCCAAGCGUGCCUUCCUCUUAGCACGUUUCUCCCUUUCGUCCUGAGUUUGAGCGUCUUCAAAACCCAUGACACCUUUGGUAAAGGCUGUUUAGUGUUUCCCAGUUGUCAGUGUUUAUACUACUUUUUUUUAGAUUUGCCUUGAGAGAGUCUUUAAACCACUUUUGUUGACCACCAGCAUUACGCUUUGCAUUUUUAAGUUCGGAAUAGAGUAGCUGCUUUAGAAGACGAUAAUCAGGCAUUCGAACAACAUGACCAGUAGCAUUGGCAGGUCAGCCCCAAUGCUCUCUUUGUAGUCCUGAAGUCUUGAGGCAACAGUUAUGUGAAUGUUUUAGGGCUGCUGUGGAGAGUCAUAUGGAAGAUCUAAAGGUCUUGAUAAGGUACCUGUUGUCAAAGCUACUGGCACGUAGGCAAAGUAAAUUCUUGACACCUGCAUCUUAUGUUAGACAUCCCUGACCUGGCCCAAGUGGUUUAUGCAGUUGCUUCAAAUCCCUGUCCUGAUCCUAAUAUAUUAUAUGCCAUGACACACAGAUUAACAAUACUGAACAGAGGGAUUAAUGUGGAGACACACAGGGAAAUACAAAUAUGCCUGUCAACUUAUGUAAAAUCAUUAAUUGAUUAUAAAAUUUCUAUUCCACUCUUCCUCCAAAUGCAUUUGUGGGUGGCAAAUAGGGCAAUAAUUAAGAGCGCAGCCUCUCUAGGAAAAAUAAACUUGGUUGAAUUUUGGAGUUCGCAAGUGGCAGGACUGACAGGAGAUGCCAGUGCUAAAAUCUCCCUGCAAAAAGAAAAGCUUGCCAUCUCUGGAGACAGCUCUCACAAAAUGCCAGUGGAGCAAAAAUCAGAUAGGCUCAUUGUAAAAGAACAUGAAAAUCAAUGCUGUUGAUAGUUUGCUCAAGGCAAACCCUUUCAUCUUUCAAGGACUUUUGACCAAAUGUGGCAUCAUUCAUUAAUUGUUUCUGAUAAGCACUGAGGGGAAACUGGAGCAGAGAGCGUGGCAACCAUAUGUCCAGCUAAGUCUGUCCUAAUGUGGAAAGAAGAAGAAAUAAACUGACCCAGACACCAUUUUAUUCCUAACAUGGUCAUGCAGUUGUUUAGCAAUAUGCAGGCUUUCAGAGCCAUGCUUUAUGCAUAACACUGGGGAACAAAUUUUUUUGUUGCAUUGACACCUGCAGCUGUUCUAACCUAAUUUCGACGUGCUGAUUUCAUAUCUGAAGUUGGUUUUGUUCUAGUUUUUUUUUUUUUUUUGCAAUUCAUGUUUUUCACUUUUCACCAUAAUCUUUGUUUUUCACAAUGCAAGAAUUCAAUAUUUUAUUAAACACAUAGCCAAAGUAGUACAAUAUGAGUAUAAAUGUAAGUGACUUAUAUAGCAUUGAACAUGACAUGUAUAGCACUGAAAAUGACAUGUAUAUCUAUGUACAGUUGGAGGUAUGCAAAAAAAUGUAUUCCUUUGGGAUUCACAGUAUACUGGGGAACAUUCUUUUUUCAUUUUCUUUUGCCUGAGAUUUUUCAACUGUUAGAAUCAUAGAAUCAUAGAAUCAGCUGGGAACUGAUACAUGUAGUCAAAGCAGCAGGAUUUAACCACUGGUGAUUAACUGGUUACAUCCUGCUCAGUUCUCCAGCUGGGACCAGGUACAUGCUGCCCAUGCCCAGUGUGGGCUUGUUCAAAAUCCCUUUUGCAAAGAGCCUCAUGCUGCUCUUUAAACCUCUAGUUUUCAGAGGUUCCAUGGGGAGCUGUUUGCAAAAGGGCUUUCAUAGAAUCAUAGAAUCACAGAGUUGGAAGAGACCACAAGGGCCAUUGAGUCCAACCCCCUGCCAAGCAGGAAACACCACCAGAGCACUCCUGACAUACGGUUGUCAAGCCUCUGCUUAAAGACCUCCAAAGAAGGAGACUCCACCACACUCCUUGGCAGCAAAUUCCACUGUCGAACAGCUCUUACUGUCAGGAAGUUCUUCCUAAUGUUUAGGUGGAAUCUUCUUUCUUGUAGUUUGGAUCCAUUGCUCCGUGUCCGCUUCUCUGGAGCAGCAGAAAACAACCUUUCUCCCUCCUCUAUGUGACAUCCUUUUAUAUAUUUGAACAUGGCUAUCAUAUCACCCCUUAACCUCCUCUUCUCCAGGCUAAACAUGCCCAGCUCCCUUAGCCGUUCCUCAUAAGGCAUCGUUUCCAGGCCUUUGACCAUUUUGGUUGCCCUCCUCUGGACACGUUCCAGUUUGUCAGUGUCCUUCUUGAACUGUGGUGCCCAGAACUGGACACAGUACUCCAGGUGAGGUCUGACCAGAGCAGAAUACAGUGGCACUAUUACUUCCCUUGAUCUAGAUGCUAUACUCCUAUUGAUGCAGCCCAGAAUUGCAUUGGCUUUUUAGCUGCCGCGUCACACUGUUGGCUCAUGUCAAGUUUGUGGUCAACCAAGACUCCUAGAUGCUUUUCACAUGUACUGCUCUCAAGCCAGGUGUCCCCAUCUUGUAUUUGUGCCUCUCAUUUUUUUGCCCAAGUGCAAUACUUUACAUUUCUCCCUGUUAAAAUUCAUCUUGUUUGUUUUGGUCCAGUUCUCUAAUCUGUCAAGGUCGUUUUGAAGUGUGAUCCUGUCCUCUGGGGUGUUAGCCACCCCUCCCAGUUUGGUGUCAUCUGCAAAUUUGAUCAGGAUGCCCUUGAGUCCAUCAUCCAAGUCGUUGAUAAAGAUGUUGAAUAAGACCGGGCCCAAGACAGAACCCUGUGGCACCCCACUAGUCACUCUUCUCCAGGAUGAAGAGGAACCAUUGAUGAGCACCCUUUGGCUUCGGUCAGUCAGCCAGUUACAAAUCCACUGAGUGGUAGCAUAGUCAAGACCGCAUUUUACCAGCUUCUUUACAAGAAUAUCAUGGGGCACCUUGUCAAAUGCCUUGCUGAAAUCAAGGUAGGCUACAUCCACUGUGUUCCCUUCAUCUACCAGGCUUGUAAUUCUGUCAAAAAACGAGAUCAGGUUAGUCUGACAUGACUUAUUUUUCAGAAAUCCAUGCUGACUAUUGGUGAUCACAGCAUUCCUUUCUAGGUGCUCACAGACUGUUUGCUUAAUGAUCUGCUCCAGAAUCUUCCCUGGUAUUGAUGUCAGACUGACUGGGCGGUAAUUAUUUGGGUCCUCUCUUUUCCCCUUUUUGAAAAUAGGGACAACAUUUGCCCUCCUCCAGUCUGCCGGGACUUUGCCUGUUCUCCAGGAAUUCUCCAAGAUGACUGCCAGUGGUUCUGAGAUCACAUCUGCCAGUUCUUUUAAUACUCUUGGAUGCAGUUCAUCUGGCCCUGGAGACUUGAAUACAUCUAAACUAGCCAAGUAUUCUUGUACUAUCUCCUUAGUUAUUCUGGGCUGUGUUUCCUCUGCUGAAUCAUUUGCUCCAAAUUCUUCAGGUCGGGCAUUGUUUUCUUUAUCGGAGAAGACUGAGGCAAAGAAGGCAUUGAGGAGUUCAGCCCUUUCUGUGUCCCCUGUUUGCAUUUCACCAUCUUCUCCUCCCACCGUUUCUUUGUUCUUCCUUUUGCUACGAACAUACCCAUAAAAGCCUUUUUUGUUGCUUUUAACCUCUCUAGCAAGCCUGAGUUCAUUCUGUGCUUUAGCUUUUCUGACUUUGUGUCUGCACGUGCUGGCUAUUUGUUUGAAUUCCUCUUUGGUGGUUUCCCCCCUUUUCCAUUUUUUGUACACAUCCUUUUAUAAUCUUAACUCAGUUAAAAGUUCUUUAGAUAGCCACCCUGGCUUCUUUAGGCACCUUCCAUGUUUCCGUCUCAUUGGUAUUGCCUGACAUUGUGCUUUUAGUAUCUCCCUCUUAACAAACUCCCAGCCAUCAUGAACUCCCUUUCCUUUUAGUAUUACUGUCCAUGGGAUCUCACCCAGCACUUCCCUAAGUUUUAUGAAGUCGGCUUUCUUAAAGUCAAGAAAUUGAGUCCUAGUAUGCUUGGCUGCUCCUUUCCGCUGUAUAGUAAACUUCAGAAGAGCAUGAUCACUCGCGCCUAAUGAUCCUUCCACUUCUACCCCACUAACCAGGUCAUCAACAUUGGUUAGGACCAGAUCUAAAAUGGCUGUUCCUCUUGUUGCUUCUCCCACUUUCUGGACAAUGAAGUUGUCUGCAAGGCCAGUGAGGAAUCUGUUUGACCUUAUGCUCUUGGCUGAGUUUGACAUCCAACAAAUAUCCGGGUAAUUGAAGUCCCCCAUUACUACUAUCUCCCUUCCUUUUGCAUGCUUGGCCAUCUGUUCCAGGAAGGCAUCAUCUAUGUCCUCCGUUUGGCUUGGGGAUCUAUAGUAAACUCCCACAAUGAGGUCACUGUUAUUCUUCUCUCCCUUAAUUUUGACCCAAAUGCUCUCACUUUGGCUUUGAGGUUCUAAAUCUUGGAUCUCUUCACAGGUAUACACAUCCCUGACAUAUAACGCCACUCCUCCUCCUUUCUUGUCUGGUCUGUUUCUCUGAAAUAGAUUGUAUCCCUCCAUUAUUACAUUCCAAUCGUGGGACUUAUCCCACCAGGUUUCAGUGAUGCCUAUUAUGUCAUAUUUAGUUUGCUGUACCAAGAGCUCAAGCUCAUCUUGUUUAUUUCCCAUGCUUUGCGCAUUAGUGUACAGACAUUGAAGUCCAUUAAUCAUUCCCCCGUGUCUCUUAUUUAAGGAUUUUUUCCUCCUACCUCUUAUAUGUUGUUUCAAUGCUGAUUUCAAAUCUGAAAUCGAUUUUUGUGUACAUGCUAUAGUUUUCUUUCAAUUUCCGACUUUUGCCGAUAUGUCAUAUUUACACUGGGGAUAAGUGGACACUGACACGUUGAUCUACCCUAACCACGUGGUAUCAGUUUUUAUCAGUUGGCAUUCCUAAGGGUGGAGGAGUUGGCUCUCCGCUAUAAUCCUCCUGUCUUGCAGUUAACCUCCUGUCUUCCUGGCUAUUGCCUUCACUGGGAGCUGGCUGGGCUGGCUCAUUCAUGACAACAUCCAUCCCAGAACUGCCAUCAGUCACCAGUUUAGGAUUUUGACCACCUUCAGAUGACUUCCCCAACAGUUUCAUGUAGAUGUUGACAAUGCAGGUGACAAAAUGUACCCCUGUAGAACCCUAUAAGUCAGGAAACAUGGAGCAGAUCGUAAGUCCCCCUGCGAUGACCAGUGUCUCCCAACCCUAACCCUAAUAGUCAACCCAGAAGGAUACCAUGGUAGAUGGUGUUAAAAGCUGCCGAGAGGUCCAGGAAGACUACCAUGGUAUUCCUUCCCCCGUCCUCCUCAGGUGUAAGUCAUCCACCAGGGCAGAAAAGGCUGCUUCCAUCUAAUGGCUGCACCUGAAUCAACACUGGAAUGAAUCCAGGUAAUUAGUAUCAUCCCUAACAGCCUGGAGUUCAGAGGCCACCACCCACUGUCAGGGCUGGGUUCAGAUGCAGGUCAGCAAAAAGAAGCAGAGAGAGUUGUCAGUGAAGUUAACUUUUAUUCAAGGCAACAACAUGCAUACAGCACCACUUCCCUGUAGGUCUUACCCUGCGGAGAAGUCGCCAGGACUGAUGGUCCCCGCCUUCUAUCCCCCUCUAUAGCUCCUCCUCUGCCAUUUGUUUCCCAAGCAGUCUGAAACUGCAUCUGGGCCCCUGUAAUCUCUGUUCUGCCCUACACAUCACUCUGUGUUUCCUUGGAGACUGAGGGGGAGGAGAGCUAGUUGCAGAUGGAGAGGCAGACUCCCGCAAUUCUUCUGCAGCCUCUGUCCCUGCCACACUGCUUCAGCCUCUGAGUUUAAACUGCUCUUUCUCACACAGGCUCUCCCUGAUCACAAAAGCUUGUUGUCCCUUCAGCUUCCAACUACUUUAUCCCUCUUAGGCUCUGAGCCUUCCUGCUCUGGGGGUUCCCUUGGGGGUUGUGCAGCUGGUGCCUCCCACCACUCCUUGUUGUCCAGCCAGACCCUGGCACUCACUCUGUCAUCUUGCCCCCCUAAAGGAAAAUUAGAGACCAGAUGGUAGUCAUCCAUGGCUGAAGGCUAUAUUUAGGGUGUUUUGGGAUCGUACAAUCAACACAGAAAUCUCAUCUAAAGCAUCCAUGACGGAUGACCAUCCAACCUCUGCUUUAAAACCUCCAAGGAAGGAGAGUCUACCACCUCCAGAGGAAGAGGUGGUACUGUCAAUAAGUUAUUCCUGAUGCUUAAUCGGAAUCUCCUUUCUUUAACUUGAACCAUUGGUCAAGGUCCUACCCUCCAGAGCAGGAGAAAACAGGCUUGCUCUUUCUUCCAUGUGACAACCCUUUAGAUAUUGGAAUAUGGCUCUCAUAUCUCCUCUCAGUCUCCUCCAGGCCAAACAAGCCCAGCUCCCUCAACUGUUCCUCAUAAGGCUUGGUUUCCAGAUCCUUGAUCAUCUUGGUCACCCACCUCGGCACACAUUCCAGCUUGUCAAAAUCCUUCAUAAAUUGUGGCACUCAGAACUGGACACAGUAUUCCAGGUGUGGUCUGACCAAGGCAGAAUAGAGUGGUACUUGUGGGAAUGUUCUGGGGUGCAGGAGAGGAUAUAUUGUGAGAUUAUAUCUUAAUCCAACUUGUGCUAACAAGUUCCCAAAAUAUCAGCAGAGUUUAUAACAUUCCCUUUUUUAAGUUCGCAAUGGUAAUGUGUGCACAGGUUCGCUAGAACCUCUAUAAUAAUUACUCUGGUAAUUUCCCCUUUUGUUCCCUCUUAAAAUACAAGACACAACACAGUCUUUAUAAAAGUACGAAAGAGUUUACUCACGUUCUGUUCACAGUAUGAUCCCAGAAGGCAGACAGACUUAAAAAGGUAAAAUACACUCAGAAUCUAUCUUAUGGAAGAUAGUCCCUUAGUCCUCUCUUGGCUGAGAGCCAAGAGGGCAUCCUGCUUCUUCGAAAGAUGAAGAUGAGAGAGAGAGAUGGCUGCCUGCCCUGUGCUUUUAGUAUUACCUGCACAGGUGAGGCCACACCCACCUCUGGUCACAUGCGGAGGAAGUCUCUCCCAGGAAGUUUACCUGCUUGCUGGACAGACAUCCCUCCCCAUGUUCUAACAUGUACACUCUAGGAAUGUUGUCAUUGACUGCUCCUGUGUUUUACAUCCCACAGUACUGUGACUUCCCUUGAUCUGGACACCAGACUUAUGUUAAGGCAGCCUAGAAUAGCAUUAGUCUAUUUUGCUGCAGCAUCACACUGUUGAUUAAUGUUAAGUUUGAGGUCUAAGACCCCUAGAUCAUUUUCACAUGUACUACUGGCAAACCCCAUCUUAUAUUUGUGCAUCUGGUUCUUCCUGCCCAAGUACAGAAGCUUACAUUUGUCCCUAUUGAUUUUCAUUAUGUUAGUGUGUGCCCAGUUCUCUAAUCCGUUAAGGUAAUCUUUAAUUUGUAAUGCCAAUAAAGGUAUUUGUAUUGUAUUAUAUUGUAAUCUUGAAUGCCAAUUCUGUCUUCUGCAGCAUUAACUAGUCUUCCCAGUUUGGUGUCAUCUGCAAAUUUGAUGAGCAUCUCAUAAAUUGCUUUGUUCAAGUCCUUUACAAAGAAGUUGAACAACAAUGGACCCAGGACACCCUACUUGUCACCCAGGAUAAUGAGGAACCACUAAUGAAUAUUCUUUGGGUUUAGUCAGUCAGCUAGCUACAAAGCCACCUAACAGUUACCCCAUUCAACCCACAUUUUACCAGCUUCUUCAUGAGAAUAUCACGGGGGACUUUGUCAAAAGCCUUACUGAACUCAAGAUACACUACAACCACAGCAAAAAAAGAAAUGAGAUUCAUCUACCAUGACUUGUUUUUGAGUGGUCUCACUAUCACUUCCUUGAGGCAGAUGGGAAUUAUUACAUCUCUCAAAAAUAUAUUUAAUACUGGGCGAUCUUGAGAGCCGUGGAUUAAGGAUCAAGCAAAUAGGUCAUAGGCCUCACUUCUACAAUAGAUGGUCAUGUGAUACUUGGACCUGCUCACUGAUUUGUCUUGGAUAAUUUGAAGGCCAGUUGCUUACCUGCACUGAAAUCUGAGCUUACCUGUCUGAGUACAGUCUUGUGCUGUGCUGAUAAUUUCUCUUACUUUCUUUUAUUGUUUCCCACCAAUUUAUUAGAAAAGCAAUUAUAUUUUUAAAAUUAUUAAAAAGCGAGAGAAAAUUUCCGGAUAGGUUCUCAUGGAUCUCUUGUGCUUAUCCUCCUUUCAGCGUAGCAAAGCAAUGUUUAAUGACUGUCCUCUUUUCAUUCAAUAAUAAUAAUUAUAAUUUAUUACUUAUACCCCGCCAUCUGGCCAGGCCUCCCCAGUCACUCUGGGCAGCUUCCAACAGGAUAUUUAAAACAGAACAAAACAUCAAACAUUAAAAACUUUCCUAAAUAGGGCUGCCUUCAGAUGUCUUCUAAAAGUCAGAUAGUUGUUUAUUUCCUUGACAUCUGAUGGGAAGGCAUUCCACAGGGCAGGUGCCACCACCGAGAAGGCCCUCUGCCUGGUUCCCAAUCGUAUCCAAGUGUUCUGGACUCAAAAUCAGUGGUUUUAGCAAUCUCAGGUGUUUGUGUGUUCCUUCUCUUUCUCCCACCGUCCUGAUGCCACCUCUGGAGACCUCAUGAAGCCACAUACAAAUUAAGACAGUUACCUGGAUAUUUUCAAGAGAAGAAAUGGUUUUCCGGAGAGGUGGUAAGUCUGGAAGAUUCAAGGCUCAGACUCAUUCCCCCGGCUACCCUUUCCAAUAGGAAAGCAUAGUCUAUCACAGUUACUAGCAAGUAAAAUGUGGAUUAUAUUCCAAGAAGAAGCAUAUGGAUAUAAUACAUUUAGGACUGCAGCAGGGAGUUGAUUAUUUGAUUAAUCAGCUAGAAGCAUUUUAAAUGAAUUAAAAUUUUCCCCUAGUUAGUCAACCAGCAAAUUAAAAACAUGUAUAUUAUUUCUACUCAUAGAAACCAAGUGUCAUCUAUUAUUUUAGGCAAUACAUCCCUCCUCUCUCACACCCAAGAGAGAAUGCCUAAUCUAAGACAAUACCUAUUGUAUUGUUUUAAAAAAUGAUGUAUCCAUCAUCUUAAAACAAUGCAUGCUUCUUUUCCCUCUGAACUAACAUUUUUACUGUCAUGCAAAUUUAUGCAAAAUUACCAAGUUAAUUAUUUUGUUAAUUUGCUAAUGCAGUCUGACCAGAAAACAGGACAUCGUUGAGUAAAAUUGCAUAUGAUCAGACUAUGAAACUAAUAAUAUUUAUUUAUGGAGAUUUCUUUAACUAGGAGCAGCUCAUAGACACUUUGUGUGUUAUAUAUUCCAAACCUUGCAUUUCAUUCAAUUAUGGGAAGCAGGUGCCAUAACAUACUUCAACAUUAAGAAAUUGUAAUUGAAAGCUUGGUUAUAAAAGACUUCCCACUUAUCAGCCAGAAUAUGCACAUGAACCUCAGCUUUCCAUUGCUUAGAUUUUUGUACUACUAAGGCCCAAAAUUUAACAGUAUCAUUCCCAACUGCAGCUUGUUCCAAUUCAUGCCAAAAUUGUUUACAAUGAAGCAUUUUUUCUCCUUUAGCAAUUAUUGUUGCACCAUUUCAAUUACCAGCAUUUUAUAACCCAAUUGUCUAGCCUGUUUUGCUGGUCUAUUUAGUCCUUGCUUCCUUUUCCUACGUUCCUCAUCAUACCAUUGUUUAGUGGAUAUAUCCCCAGCUGUGCUAGUUUUAUUUAGCACUGGCUUCCAUUUUUGAAUAAGUUAAUCAUAUUUCUCCAAUACCUUAAACUCCUCCCUCAAGAACUCCUUCCCCCACUAGAUCACUUCAUGACUAAGUAGAAUAUUUUCCAUUCUUCCUUGUAGAUUAGCAUCCCAUUGGAAACUGUGCUGAGCACUUCAUAUGUAUGCUGUGGUUUGUUUGGCUUCUAAGGCUACUGAUGUAAUAACAUGCCUCAGUUCUAACAACGAUCAAUGGUUGACGAUCACCAGGGCUUUUUUAAAGCUGGAACUCGCUGGAACUCAGUUCCAGCACCUCUCAGGUGGGCGCCAUUGACAUUAUAAAAAAACAAGGGAGGCAUUUAUGAUGAGUUCCAGUACUUCUUUUUCUGGAAAAAUAGCGCUGAUUGUCACUUUCUGGUUUUUCACCCCCACAAAAAUUCUGAAAAUAAAAAACUGCAGCGGCUGAACAAUAACAUGUAAUUGAUUACACUGCCACCUCUGAUGGAGGAGAAGGUAAACUGUCCUUCAGAGUCACUCACCCCUGUACCAUUGCAGAUAAUUAGCUGGUUGAUCCCUGCUUCAUUGAUGAUCUGAUCAUUUGAUAGUCUAGUGGAUAACUCCUUCAAACACUCAUGCAACAUACCAAUUCUUUCAGCCAUAACAAUGUUAUCACCUUCAAUUCUGGCAUUAAAAUCACCCAUCACAGCAAUAGUUGUUAAUGAAUAUUCUUCUGUAAUUUUCUCUAAAUUAAUAAAAUUAUUAUUAUUAUUGUUCUUCUUCUUCUUCUUGUUGUUGUUAUUAUUAUUAUUAUUAUUAUUAUUAUUAUUAUUAUUAUUAUUACCAUCACCCUCCCUGUGGAAUGCCCUCCCUUCAGAUGUCAAGGCAAUAAAUAACUAGCCCUGUAUCAGGAACUUUUUAAUGUUUGAGGUUUUACUAUGUUUUUAUAUAUGCUGUAAGCCACCCAGAGUGGCUGGAGAAGCCUAGCCAGAUGGGCAGGGUAUAAUAAUAAUAAUAUUAAUACCAAUAAUAAUAAUAAUACCAAUAACAAAAACAGCAGCAGCAGCAGCGUCUAACAAGGCCUGUAAGUUGCUGCCGGAGUGCAUAGAGGCUUUGGGAUUAUGUGAACAUUGACACAGAGUAUUUUAAACUCGGUAUCACUAGACAGCUGGACCACUGGAAUUCUGGGAGGAGAGAUACAAUUUCCUCUGCUUUCACAUUUACACUUGUUGAGACACCAAGAGACUCUCAAUCUUUGCUUCUUCUAUUAACUCUGAUAGCUGGUUGGGAAUAGAUAGCAUAUCCUUGUAUUUGUUAUUUCUUUUACCCAAGAACUGUUUAAGAUAUUCAGUAAAAUUCAUCAGUUUAUUUGCCCACCCUGCUAUAUUCCAUGAAAUGAGGUUAAUAUUCCUAAACCCUGAAUUCACAGCAUCUGUUCAAUCUUCAUUCUGCCACCCAGGUGCUUUCAGGCCACUGGCUCUCUCCACUCUGUACAAUCCUAUCCCACAGGGGGAGUUUUCCAAAAGUGGGUAAUGUGUUAGUAUCCCUAUAAGCAGAUGUGUACUUUUUUACUCUGCCUUCUGUUUCUUGCCUUCCUCAACCUAAAAACCUUGUCUCUAUUCCGAAUCGAAACAGGCAUAGGAUUGUUUACAGAUAUUCCUUGACUGAGGUUUAAGUUUAACUUCUAUUAGUUGACAUUCCCAUGAUGUCAGCUGAACAUCACAGUCAACUUUGUUCUCUGCUGCUAAUACCUUGGUAGAAUUUAUUUGUACAGGAUCUCUCACUUCAUUGCUGUCAGCCUUAAAUUUCCUGACUGACCUGUCGCUCCCCCAGGGACUCUUUGGGUGAGACAUUCCUCUGGUUGUCUUCUUGUUUCAUUUUAUCAUAUUCAGCCUCACCCAGAGCAUUCAUAUGAUCAAUAAUUUUAAAGAGCAGGUUAAAAUUCACCCUGCCAUCCUUCUUGCAUUGCUGUCUCUGAGCUUUACCCUGACCUUUCUUACUACCUCUCUUAGAAGAGGUUACUCUGAACUGUGUUUACUUGGCUGGUCCAUCCUCUUCUGCAGAUGGCAGAGAUUCUCUUCCCCUUCUGACCUUCCCAACUCUGACCUUACAGUCCUUGCAAGUAGGUUUUCCUGCAAACGACUGUGGCACAGCUGGGCCAUCCACUAAGGAGACUAUAUCUGGAACUAGCUCAGCAGGAUUCACAUCCAUACUCAACAACAAUUUUAAGUUAAUCAAAUUUAAUCAAAUUCAUCAUCCCUGUCAGCCCUAGGGACCUUUUUCUUCUUUUGGAUGGGUGAAAUCUCUAAGUGGGGGCAAGCUCUCCUACGACUGGAUUAAGCAUAUUCUUUAUUUCAACCACCAGUUCUUUAAUUUCCAGAAUAAUGUCAUUUACUUGUCUGGUACCUCUCUCAUAGUUAGAUGGAGAAUGGUAAUCUCACAUUAGCUGCUUGGUAGGAAAAGUCAUUCUAACCCUCUCCUUAAUAGAGCCAUCCCUAUGAAGUGUCUGCUGGGAAAACCUCCAGCACUUUCUUCUCCAUUCGGCUCUGCUUUUGACAAAGAUUCCCAUUUAAGGCGGGGAUAAAAAAACUUCAAUUUUCAUUUUGCCAAAAUCCUCAUUCCAACAACUAUUUAAGCAACUACAUGGCAAAAGUUGCUCACUGUUCAAAACUAUGGUUGCGUAGUGUGUACAUCCAUGAGAGAUGAAAAUGUAUGUUCAGCGGGGAAUUCUGCCAUUGGUUGGGAAGUGCAAAGGAGCGCAGAAGAGCCUUGCCUCCCACAUGCUCGGCCCAGCCCAGCUGAGAAGCGGCAUUGCACAGUUUAUAUAUAUAUAUAUAUAGUGGGGCUCUAUGAAUUGUGACUUGCGGCUACUUUUGUUGAUUAUAGUUUAGUAAUGAUUUAUUGUAAUUUUUGAGAGUUAUUUUCUGUUUAUUAUUUGCUGAUAGAAUAGUACACAAUAAAGUUAUUCUUUCUCUCUCAUUAAAUUUAUAUACCACUCUUCAUCUGAGGAUCACAGUGCAGUUUCCAGUAUAAUGCACAAAACAAUAACCCCCCAAUAGUCUAUUACUUUUAUUAUAAACAAUUUGUUUAUUUUAAAUUCAUAUUUUUAUUAUGACUUGUUUGUAUUGGAUCAGAUUGUUAUAAGAAGUGUGUUCUUGGGUUGCAGAUCUUGUUGUUUCUUAAGCUUGUAGCCACCUUCUGUAAGGAAUGGCGGUAUACAAAUUAGCAGUGAAAUGAAAUUAAAUGAAAGCAGUUAAGGUGGCAAGCAGUCGGUACAAGAAAGAGCUUGUUAUGAGCAGAGAGACAAGAGCAACCACUAAACUGCACUCCUAAGUCUUGAAGGCUAUGUGCCAGCAAAUAUAAAAAGUAGGGUGAAGAUCCAUUAAACAUUCAGAGCAGUGAAGCUGACCUGGAUAUGCCAUCACCUAGUUUAUUCAAAAUGUACUUCUCCCAUGUAAGGUUGAGGUGUGGAAAAACAGAACAAAAUUAUUCCGCAAUUUGAACUACAAGUGCAUUAUGCUAUCCUCCCAGUUAUGUCACCAAGAAAUCCCACCCAUCCAAUAUCUGAAGGAAUUUUGCACUGAAGAAAUAUUCUUUUAUUAGAAGAAUAAGGUGGCAAAUGAAGAGAUAAAUGUUUGCAGUGCUUUUAAACAUUCAUUAAUUAAAAUACGGAGAAUCUGCCUGACUCAUAAAAAAGAAGGGCAAGCCUGACAGCUGAGCCAGCAGUUAUGGUUUGGCUGAGCCAGCAUUUGAGCUUCCCAAGAGAAAUAAUUCUCAGACCAACUAAACAGCAGAUGCUACCAGAAUAUCAAGGAAGGUGUUUGUGCUUCCGGACCCUGGAAAGCCAAACACAGCUGGUAUUUGCUCACUUUUUACUAAAAUCUAUACUGAAACGUAAUUUUUUAAGGGAGUGGGAACUCCUAUAUGGGGUACAUGUGUAGAGGCUGCUGCAUCAGGCCAGAGGCUCAUCUAGAAGAGCAUCCUGUUCUCACAAUAGACAAACAGAUGAUGAGAAUUGCAAUUUAACACCUGCCCUUCACUCUAAGGUCCCAGGGCAGAUGACAGUGAUUAAAACACAACGUUAAUAUUUAAACACAGUAUUACCACAACAGUAAAACAAUUUAAAAGCACUUAAAAUUACAACUCAGAAUCCAAGCACAAGUGCCCUCUCCCCUCCUGUGAUUUCCUGUCCAAAGGAGUGGCUGUGUCUGACUUGGGAGGCAGAGCAGAGACAUCCUGGCCAGCAGCCUGCAGUGGCUCUCUCCUCCCUGGAUCUGCCUGAUCCACUUGUAAAAGCAUCUCUGCUGGUGACCAUGGCUGCCUCCUGUGGGGGAAAGAUCAACAUUAGUACUUUCUUUGAUCUUUUGCUCUGAAUCCUCCAACAUUCAGCUCCAUUAAAUGUCCACGACUUCUAGUAUUAUGAGAAAAGAAAAACUCCCUCCACUUUCUCCAUGUCAGGCAUAAUUUUAUAAACUUGCCUCUUCCUUGCCUUUACUCUAAACUAAAAAGUCCCAAACUCUGCAACCUUUAUUCAUCAAGGGAGCUACUCCAUCCUUUAGUCGAGAGUCCUGCAUUGCAACGGGCUGGGCUAGAUGACCCUUGGGACCCCUCCAGCUCUAUGAUUUUCUGGUUCUAUUACUGUGAUUGUGUGGCAGAUAUGACCUAGCAGGCAUUGCUGAAACCUGCUGGGAUGAGACUCAUCCAUGGAAGGCUGGAAGGUGGCUGACUGGAGGGGGUCGUGAAGCAAAGCUCCCCUGCCCCUGCCCUGCCAAAGUGUUUCAUUUCUACACUGCAUGACACAGUGUUUCAGAUUUUAAGAAAAAUAGCCAUUAUUCAUCAGAUUAAUAACAAAGCUAAGCAAGUGAGAAGUUAAAAUGUACUGGAUCUGAAGGCAAUAAAAUAUCCUUUCAAGUUGUCAUUUGUGAUCCCUUCAUCUACCUUUUAUGCUUGAAUACAGAAAAAACAGCUAGCUGUAUUUAUGGCUUUGUGGUUGCUAAAAGGUCAGAGUGCAUAAUGCAUACAGAAGUGGAAAUGAACAUAUAAUUGUGUAAUCCCCAUAAAACCUGAACAGAAUUAUAGAAAUAAUCAGUGUGCUUAAACUUUGAUCUCUGUUGAAAUGAAAAUGAAAGGAGAAUUUUAAAAUUCCAUUGUUGCAUCUAGCAAUUGUUGUAUUGCUAUAUUUACCAUAUUUUUCGCUCUAUAAGACGCACCAGACCACAAGACACACCUAGUUUUUGGAGGAGGAAAACGAGAAAAAAAAUAUUCUGAAUCUCAGAAGCCAGAACAGCAAGAGGGAUCACUGCGCAGUGAAAGCAGCAAUCCCUCUUGCUGUUCUGGCUCCUGGGAUAGCUGCACAGCCGGCAUUCGCUCCAUAAGACGCACACAUAUUUCCCCUUGCUUUUUAGGAGGGAAAAAGUGAGUCUUAUAGAGCAAAAAAUAUGGUAUGUUAUUGUUGUAUACCACUCUGAGCACUGGCAGCAGUGCUGAGCCAGACAUCAGGGUCCCCUGGCACAGUUCACAUGGGGGCCCUGCUGCUGCUCCGCCCCACAACCCUCUGCUCUCUACAGUAGCAAGGCUACCACCCUGCUCUUCUUCCCCUGCCAUCCCCCCAGCCUCUUGCUCUCUCUCUGUCCCAUCUCUUAUAAAGCACCCCCCAAGCACAUUUCAUUGCUUUUCUGCUGCCUCAACACCUGGUCUCUGGGGAAAGCCCAUCAAGGGCUCUUCUUCAGAGCCAAGCCUGCUGAGAGAGAAGGCCGGGAGAAGGCCUGUGCCAUCACUGUGGUUUGCCAGGGCAGCUAGGAUGGGUUGAUCUUUUAAGAAGCUUUUUCAAAAAAAUCCACAUUAAAAAAAUACUUUUUAGCCCCUGUUGGAAACUGUGGCAGUGGUGCAGGCAUUUGCCUGACUAGCUUGCCCUGGAUGUCUGAGCAAGAUGGUCCUGGGCCUUUUUCAGAGGCCAGGAAGGCAGUGGAGUGUUUGAGGGCCAAGGUGGAUAGGAGCCAAGUUUGGCAGCAUAGGCAACCCUGUACGCCUGACAUCACAAAAAAGAAUACUAGACACCACCCAUAUUUUCUGCAAAUUGCUUUGGCUUCCUUAUGGAAUUGGCUUCAUAUUGUUGGGAAGUACUGUGUUAACUGCAUCCAUGAACUUAUUAGCAGGCUUAAUAUGACAGUUGUGUGAGCUUUUUUGGGGGGGAGGGGGUGUCAGUUGUGGGAAUGAGUUUCUGGCCUUCAGAAACGGCUCCCAUAGUCAGCCCUGGAAGUGCAGCUACUGCAGAAGCCUGCCUGGUUUGCACCCCUCGAGCCCAAGGACCUCGUAGCAGGAGUGAGGCCAGAGGAGCCCUUGUCCCAUUGCCAUUGGAGACUACAGGAGAGGGCUGGACCCCUUCACCUAAAGCAGCACCUUCCAGUUGGGGGGACAACACCGAUUAACAAAUAGGAUGUUGCUGCUAGACAUCUGAAGGCAGCCCUGUAUAAGGAAGCUUUUUAAGGAAUAAUGUUGUUAUAUAUGUUGGAAGCUGCCCAGAGUGGCUGGGGCAACUCAGUCAGAUGGGUGGGGUACAAAAAAAGAAUAUUAUUAUUAUUUCAGGUUUCAGGUUAUUUCUUGCUGAAGCAACAUCCGAGCUCUGUGCAGGCAAGGCACGGCCCAAACCAUGCCUUGCCUCACCACAGAAUAGGAAAACGAAACGGCUGUGACCCUAAAUGCUUUGGUCAUAGUGAAACUUUGGAAACUUGCACUCCCCCCACUCCUCUCCUCAGAAUGGGUGAUGUUAGCAUUGCAUCCCUUCCUCUGUUCCUUGAAUCACAGUAUCAUAUUAUCAUUGCCCUUCCAUGGCCCAAUGGCCCAUGAGAGGAUUGGUCCCAGUCCGGAGUCCCUUUACAUGAGGGCUGCCUCAUCCUCGAACCCAGACCACGGCCACCCCAUGGGCACCCAACUAGUGCCCGGGUGUCAACUUGCAUGUUUCUGUUCUGGUUCUCAUGAGCUCCAUCUGGCCCCAAAUGGAAGGGAGUAGCUUAUACAUGCCUUAAGCAGACUGCAAUUAGAUUUAAUUGAAAAUAAUACUGUCAUUCAGGCUGUGUUUAGAAAUAACUGAACCUAGUCCUAUAUUUCUCUUUAUUGUGAGGUAUCAUAUCUUAACUACAGUACAGCAAAAGUUCUUGGACACGGCUUCUGUCCAGUUCUGUUUUUGGGUUCAGAAGUAAGCUGUGUCCCCUCUGCGGAAAUCUCUUUGCUGCCAUGCAAAUCCUGCCACGGCUCUCCUGGUAAAAUCUCCUUGCAUUGACCCCAAGAGCCCAAUAUACUUAUUAAUGUGCUGCUUCAGCAGCUGCAUCAUAUCCAAGUGCAGGACUGGGAGGUUGUUUAGAAACCAGAACUAAUUUUAGUCUCAUAUUCUGAAAUUUAUUUAUGUAUUUCAAAAUAACAUUUUCCAGAGUAUAAUGCACUCUAAUUAUAGCCUGCAAUAGCAAAUAGCUCCUUAUGCUGCACUCCUCAGGUAAUGCAUCUGAAGGAAUUAGCUCAUUAUGCUAACUGGGAUAAAGCCAGAGGAGAUUAUAAACUCUCUAUAGAGCAUGUCUUGAAAGGAAUAGAAAAAGCAAUGCAGUUGAGAAGUGAAGUGCCUAUCUGCUCCCCACAUAAAAAUCCGCUUUGGAUUUGGAUUUUAAUUAUGAUAAAAUAUGAGGUAUAAUACAGGUUUCUUGUUAAAGCUCUUUAUUCAGAUUUGAAAGCCAUGUGGGGGAAAAUUCCCUUUGAUGUCAGCUUCUUUGAGGUGUAUCUUUUUAGAAAAUAUUUUUGUUAUUUGCAGACACACAUACAGUUGUGGCGUCCACUCUACUACAUUUCUCUGCUUAUCUGUCUCUAGAGGUCUGCUUACCCCCUUUUAGGGGUGCGGCUGGUUUGCGGGACAGACAGUGUCCCCCUCCCAAUGAUGUAGAGCUGUGUGGCAGGGUCUGAUCCCUGCCAGAGUGUGAGCUUUGGCUUGUGCUCCUGGCUUGAAAUCCUGCUCUGCGCAGCAUGCCAAAUUGGCCAAUGUCAGGCUGGCACAAAGGUGGGGGGGGGGCUAGAGGCAAUAAUCAGGCUUCCCUCAAAUCUGCUCCCAGGGGAUUUAAAGCAGCCCACGCCAGCCUUCGACACCCAGCUCUUCUUUGCCGGAUCAACCCACCCACCCACUCCUGUAAUUUUGCAUUUACUCAUUGAAUUGACCUUUCUAUGGCUGCGGUGGUCACCAUAUUUUCGGGGCCGGGUAGGAAUUUGCCUAUCAGGCAAAUUGGCUAUGAGCUGGGCGUUUUGCCUACCUUGUAGCAAUUGUCACAACUUUGGCAGUUUAGGCAUUGGGUAACCUUAGCGUUGGUUGGAGGGGGGGUUGUACUCUCACUUUCCCCUCCAGAAAUAGGGUAUCCUGUUAAAGGGACCUCCUAGAGGUGGCGAUCCCCCUAUCUGAUGUAAGUCAUAGGAAUCUCCACUGCCGGGUUCACUCUGAUGUCAUUUUCAGUAAGCCCAGAAAUUAGAAUGCUCACCCAAUGUGUGUGCCAAACCACUUCAUCCGCAGUCAGUUAAGUUGCAGCCUGAUACAUUCUUGGUGGCGGCAACGGGGGAGGGAUGACACAAUGAAAAAUGCACAAUGUAAAAACGCAGAUCCCAGACUCUCCAAGUGGCCUGGGGGAGUGGUGCGAGAAGGAUUCCAUGCGCCUUUUGAUCUCAGCCUCCUCACACAACCCCAGCCCCCAAGCCAUUUCGUGACACUGGGAUCAGCUUGGGGCUGGUGUGUGGUGUCCCUUCAGUGGCAGGGGCUGGGCUGGCACAUGGUGGUGUGAUAGGAAUUUUAUGGUCUUAGAUAUAUGGUAAUGUUCAUAACUGCACAUACAUAGAUCAACACAGGAAGACCAACCUGGAACCAUUUUGAUUCCUAAACUGACCAAAUCCUUUCUCUGCAAGGUUAACCUGGAAAAGCCUCCCCAUUGUCUCUUUCCUCACAAAUCCUGUCUCAAGGAUAUGUCUGUUUGAAUAAGGUGUGAGCCUGUGACCUGGCCCAGGAAAUAAGUAUUUUACCACUACAAAAGAAUGGCCAGGCUCCCCAGGAAAUCCAAUCAAGUAACCUGCUAGACAGGAGAUAAACAACAACAGGAGAAAAACAAUAUUAAAAUUUCUGUGAUGUAGGUGGGAUGUAUCUGAGGGGUGGUCUUAGGUUACACCCCUUCUGUGAUGUAUGCAUAAUGUUUCUGGGGGUGGUCUUGAUCUAGAGGAUGGGAAUUUCAAAAGUCUUUAUAAGCACUUGCACAGCAAUUUUGGGGGUCCUCCACCUUUCCUGCAUGUGAGGGGAGCACCCUGUUGCAACAGAUCAAUAAAGAUCAGGCUUACUAGCUGCUUUGCUUCUCAAUAUUCUCUGGUUGGCCUCUGUUGUUCUCUCCUACCAAUAGGGAACUUAUGUAAGGACUCUAUAUGGGCUCUUGGAUACCCCAUAAGGGAAAAGGGCAUAUUUUUUAUUUUACAACAGUGGGCUCCUUUUGCCCCCUGCACCUUGGGUACGGUUAAAGCAUGCUCUGCCACUGCCCACAUGCAAUCACUGGAAUCUCCAGUAAAAAGGGCUAGCAAUGGCUGGGGAAACUCCUGGGAACCUGACAAAGUGCCGUCAGUUGAGGAAGACAAGAGUGAACUGGAUGGAGCAGUGAUCUGACCCAGCAGCAAGACAGAUCUACUGCAAAAUAAUACUGUGAAAAUAAACUGGAUUUUAGUCAGAAUGGUGAUUGAUAGUGAUAUGUGAGAGUGUCUGAAUUAUAAUAUAUCUCUUUUGUCCCCUUCUUUUCUCUUACAGCUUGUGGCCAAUGCUAUCCUUUUUGUCAGUGUAAAUUUGUAUGGGGUCUUUGUGAGGAUUUUGACAGAGAGGGCACAAAGAAAGGCAUUCCUUCAGGCCAGGAACUGCAUAGAGGACAGGCUGAAGCUGGAGGAUGAAAAUGAAAAACAGGUCAGUUGA